AUGUCUGAAAUCGAAUACCGUGUGUUGCGCUCCGAAGUUAGCAAUGGAAUCGACUGGCAGACUGAAGGCAGAACACUACUUUCGCUUUGCAAGGGCUGGUUGAUAGCCGAGGGAAGUGAAAACCACAUUGGAAAUGCUGCUGACUUACUCGAACAGUUAGAGGGUCAGAGUAAAUUAGGAAUCGAUCAUCUCGAGGUACUGAAGGAACUCUUGGAUGGAAUGAAGAAAUGUGCUCUGGUCGAUAAAAUAGAAAUCUUCGAGAUCAAAAGGAAAAAUUACCUUUGUAUGUCGGAAAAGGUAAUUCGUAAACUCGACGAGUUAAACUGUCUAGAACGACUGAUCAGAAUUUGCACUCCUUAUCUGGAGGAGGGUAUAGUGGACAGAAUAGAGAGUAUUCGCUUCCUGUUCAAGAAACUUGAAAGCAAUUGCCGUUUAGGACCUGCCAAUCUUGGAAUUUUGAAAGAGAUUUUGAAGGAAAUGAGAGAAGAUGAACUCUUACGGGAAGUAGAGGAAUUUGAAAAGCAACGGAAGGACGAGAAAAUUAGAGACAGACGAAGAAAGGAAGCUGAAGAGAGACGUCAAGGUGAGAAUCCCUCUUUGAUUUCUCUAGGGCUGGCAUGUGUUAAUUACGAAUAAGACCGAGUUCGAAUGAUUUACAUGCAACCAAGUACAGUUUGUUGUAACUGGAGAUGCGAGCAACGAACUCCAGUUCGUCUGACUUAAGGAAAAAAUUAAGAGAAAUUUAUAAUUAGCCCAGGAAUGUACUUGUUAUUCCCAACCUUUAAGAACCGAGAAUCUCCUUAAAAACUGUUUGUUGUGAAGUUUUCAUUAUCCUUUUCAAUAAGUCCGUCACUUUCGGGCUUUUGAAUCGAAUUUUGGAAAAUAUAAAGAAAGUAAACGUAAGGUUUGCAAUAAACUCGAUUCAAAAGAAUGGUCUAGAAUUAUAGAUAAUAGUUCAGGCGUUGAGCCUUGGCAAUAUAAGAUCGAAAGUAUGUUUCAAGAUGCACGGUCCAAUUUUACCCUGGCGAGAUCGAUUAAGAACUACAUAUAGACGCAUAGCUGCGUGAACUCGGGCUUUCAAUAUCGCACAUCUGGAGUUAUCCUUAGGGGACUGCCAUAUUGCCAUUGUUACUGUCGUCACGCCAUUUCGUCAUUGCCGGUCACGAAUAAGUCUACUUGUGUUUAUUUUUGUCUAUUGGAGUGUAAUGAAUGUUGUUAUGGUACUAGACAACAAUCAAAACAAUAUAACACCAUAUAGGAGUAGGUUCCUACAGAUAUCAAAGGUUGAAAUUUAAGGACUUUUCAAUAGCUUUGAAGGCUAAGUUUUGAAGGACCACUUUUGGAAAGGUUUGCAUAAGCAAUUUUAAAAUUAUUUAAUACUAUUUGCAGCUUUUCCAUGAAAGUACUGCAUUUUUCAACUAGAAUAUUGGUAAAGAAAAGGCAUUGCAAAAAUCAAGCCCUAGUCCUCAAAUUCAAGUACUUUCAAGGCCUUGAAGUUUUAUUUUUAAAUUCAAGCAUCUUCAAGGACUUUGAAGGCUUUUAUGAACCCUGAAUAAAUCAUGUAUUUGCCUUUAACUGCAAGGAGAAGGAAAUUUUUUAUCUAUUAUUGGUACCAAGUCAUAGUUUGUUGCCAAACAUUCACCCAAGGGGAGUUGUCAGAAAUCAGUAGAUUGAGACAAUAUUACUGUUCAAUAGUUCAUAUUGUUUUUAAUAGAACAAUCUCUGAAACCACUGCAACAUUAUAUAGCUAGAGUGAGUGCUCUUGGUAGAGCAUCAGUUUUGGGAAUUACAUAUAACAAAACUGUAACAAAAUGAUGGAGAUGUUUCAAUAUUUAGUAUCAAUGCUGUGUUCUUUUGCUGUGCAUUGAUGGGAAACAGCAUCAAAUAAGUCUAACUGAGGAAUUAUUCACAAAUUAUAACAUGAGGUUCAAUGUUCUUUCUUCAGUUUCUUGGAUGAUCUGUUCUUGUUAUUAUUUUGAAUAAAAUUUUGCAGGUAUUAAUUUUAACCCCUCUCAACUCAAAUAUAUCGUUGUUAUGUAUACUCUGAAAAUAAUGUACUAAGCUAUUCAGUGAUGAUACUUCAAGCAGCACACAUGUACCUUGAGGAUGGCUUCUAUUAUAAAUAUCCCUUGCAUGAGAAUCUAAUAUUUUCAAGCCCACAUUUCCUUUACAAUAGGUAGCAACUGCAGUACAUCCUAUUGUCAACACAAGAUUGUUGAAAUUUUCUGAUAUAAGUGAUUGAAAGGCCCUAUCUAAGGAGGUACAGCACUGAUAUCCUUCUAUUGUAGCUUCUUUAUGAAUAGUACCAGUGUAGCUUUCACUGCAUUGAGGUUCAUAGUCAGUCUCGAACACAUUUAAAAGUGUGGGUAAUUCUGUCUGCAUUAAAAAUGAUUGUCUGGUUAGCUGAGACAAACUUUAAUACAACUGAUUUCCAAUAUUCAUUAUUGACACGAGAUCAUUAGCAUAAUUGUGACCUCUCACGCGAAAACGUUCCUUACGGUAUCCGUUCGAACGGUCGAACGCACGGUAUGUGAACGGAUGAUGAACGGAUAGAGAAACCGUUUAAAACGGAUGCCGUGAACGGCUGAACGGCUUCAGAAAAAUUUCGAACGGUUGAAGUCGAACGGCUGAACGGCUAAAGGAAAAUUUCGAACGGUUGAAGUCGAACGGCUGAACGGCUAAAGGAAAAUUUCGAACGGUUGAACGGCUAAAGGAAAAUUUCGAACGGUUGAAGUCGAACGGCUGAACAGCUUCAGAAAAGUUUCGAACGGUUGAAGUCGAACGGCUGAACGGCUGAAGGAAAAUUUCGACCGGCUGAACGGCUGAAGUUUUCAACGGAUAAGGUCAAAGUAAACGGUUGAACGGCCGAUCAAAAACAUUCGAACGAAAUGACAGUAAUUAAGAUAAACGCGACACGCGCCGCUUAGAUCUGAAAACUGAUAGAAAACCUAGAAUAAAUCUAAUCCUGUUUUGAAAAUAAUAAGUCUUUUGAGAGUAAAGCAAAUUCGUUUUCGCGGGGGAGAAACAAAAGCCGGUAAUAGUCUGCGUUCUCUUUUAAAAUAAUUGUCAUGCAACCAUUUCCAGAAUUCGUAAUGUAACGCCAUUAAUUGACUUUGUAAACAUCUCGUUUCCGAACACAGGCGACGCUUUCCCCACCAUGUAUCUUCGGAACUAACAGGCACAAUUUAUAGUGACAAUUUUUACGAUGUGCCGAGUAAUUUUCGCUACCUUGAGUGCAAGCAAUUUUUUUAAGUUAACAAAGAAGCGGGUGCCAUUAUUUUUGUCCGCUGCGUUGAUGUGAGUGUGUACAAUAAAAGCGAAUCAGCGAGGCAUGCGAGGCAGACGUGCGAGGCAUGAACAAAACAUAGUCUUGAACUAUAAUAAUUAUAUCGCAUUUGAAGUUACCGGUAAGUGAAAUUAUAAGAAUCAAUGCGCUGCUUAUGACGGCUCAAUUACAGUGUGAAAAAGUUCGCUCGAUUCGAAACUCUCUGCCGUUUGACGCAUUCAUGGGGUAUUAACUCACUGAAUUCAGUCUGUGCGGCGUGGCGCGGCACGGUAAAGCAACUCGCAUGCGAAGUUUUUAAAUCUUGCGAUGCAAUGCAAUGCAAAAGAAAAACUCAACGUAAAAUAGAUAACAAGUUUCUUAUCGAUUCUAGAACAAAGCCGCAAAUUUUUCACUUUGCAUAAUCACUGUUAAUUUUCGGCUCAGUGAUUCUCAUGGAAAAUGCGUUGCCCUGGUAACUGCCAGAUAACUCGGCUUUUAUCACAAUCGCAAAAUGGAGGAAUCAACAAGAGUCGAGAUGGAUUGUAAUCAAACGGAAAACAAGGAAAGUAUCAUCGCCAACGUGCAAAAAUUCAUGCAAGAUGGGUGCGGAUGUCAUCGAGGAUUGAAAAGUAGUCAGUGUUCUGAUCAACUUACAGAGGAAACCGUUCUAGAUAAUCUAUACAACUGCCUGGAACUGUCUCACGUGGAGCUGGACUUGGUUGUCUUAGCAAACAUUCAAGCUUUUACGGCGAUUGAAGCAAUCCGGGAAAAAAGAAAAAGAAUUCCACCUUACAGCUUCCUUUAUCGGUCUCAGCCCAUCUGCAAGGAGAUGUUUCUGAACCUCUACGGCAUCGGCAAAAAACACAACUUUUUUGAAACGUAUAGCUCCAGCCGUUCGAACGGCUCCCAAUUUUUUUUGAACGGAUAGCUCAAGCCGUUCGAACGGCUCCCAAUUUUUUUGGAACGGAUAGCUCCAGCCGUUCGAACGGCUCCCAAUUUUUUUUGAACGGAUAGCUCAAGCCGUUCGAACGGCUCCCAAUCUAUUUGGAACGGAUAGCUCCAGCCGUUCGAACGGCUCCUAAUUGUUUUUGAUCGGAUAGCUCAAGCCGUUCGAACGGCAUCCCAUCCCGUUGGAACGGCUGAUGAACGGCUUACGAACGGCUAUCCGUUUCAAAACGGCAAACCGUAAGGAACGUUUUCGCGUGAGAGGUCACAAUUGUUCCUUGUUUGUUAUUGUACAUCAAAGAGCUUAAACUCAUUGCAACACAUUGUUGUCCUGAAUUUUGUCCAAAUACCAACUCAUUGGCUUAGCUAUAUGGUGCUGUUAUUGUUUUGCUAGGGUCAAUGUACAUUGGAGUAAGACCAGGGUUUUUCUCUAUAUCUGAACUCAGUUGAAAUUUAGAAUAGUUUGAUACGUGUGUCUGACUCUUACAAAGACACAUGGGUCUAUUACAAGAAAACAUUGAUAAAUACAGACUUGCUCUAAACUUCAAUUUAAUUAUCCUUUGAUAUACCCUUACAGAAAAAAUUCAACAAAUAUUUCUUCUCGUGUUGUGUAAUUUUAUUUAAUCUUACCCUCUUUGUAUUAAGCGUACAAACAUUCUUUGUAACUCUUCUAACCUUCACACAACAACAUAGCCAAGAGGACUUCGGUAUGCUUGCUCCUAAACAAAUUCCUUCAGUUUUCUGCUCUUUCUUCUGAGAGGUUCCAGAGUAGCUUCUGGUAUUCUACUGGGUUCUCAAUCACAUCUAAAUACACAAUUGUGUUUACAUGUAAACAUAAUAUGAGAUAGCUCGUUGGAUAUAGCAGGUUUCACUUGAUAUUUCUCGAUGGAAGGUUCACUCAUAAAGGAUCACUAGUAAAUUGAUCUCUCGUAAAGUUCACGGACCAACCCAUUCCAAAAACACUCCACAAGUUUUAGUGUGGGUCUACCGUGAACUGUGUGUUACUUUUUAUGUAUAUUGAGCGUAAUAGCCAUUGAAUUUCUUUCAUGUACAUCAAGCAAAGAAUUGUCCACAAAGGCAGCCAUUGCUUUAAACCAUGCACUCUAGGGUUCAUUCUAUGCAUGCGCUUACACUUCACGCAUGCACUGUAGUGGAACUGCAUUUUGUGACUGAACGCACAAAAAAAAGACGAAGUUGAAUUUAUACCUUGGGUGUUUCCUUUGGAAAGCCCAAGUAAUGAGCCUGCUCACUAGUCUUCGCUGAAGUGUAAUGUGGCUAUGUCUCCACGAAUGGAGCAUAUAAAUAUGGUUGUAAUGACGACGUGACAGUACAAUUAAUUUAUAUUAUGGUAGUACUUGGGUCAUAAAAAUCAAAUCAGGUCUACUGCUUGAUACUGCCUGUUCUACUAGGUCUUUGGUGAAAAAAUGAGACUGCAGGCUUAUGUUGUUCACUUGUUGUAUGGAUGUAAGCUUUGUUCAGAUCACAAUCUUUUGUUGUCUUGAGGCAUGAUGUGACCAGUUUCCUGAAGAACCAAGCAAUUUUUCCUGGAAUGCCCAGAAGAGGUUAUUUUGCCCUAGCUACCUCCUCUGUUGUUUUCAAUGACUGCAUUAUUUUUUGUCCAUAUUAAUUUCCUCAGUAAUAAGGCUUGGCAACUUUAUUGGACCCUAGCUCUUGUUCAAAUUUAUGGCUUACCCUAUCUAUGAAUGAAAGAAUCUAAAUUUAAAUUUCAGCUCGUGUUGCAGCUGUUUACGCUGUACCCAGUGUGGUUGGAAGAAUUAUGGGAGGUAAGUGGCAAUUAAAGUAAAUAAAGACCCUCUUAAUAUAGCACGAUUUGUGCUCCACAGCUAGUUGCUGUUUGGUAAAUGAACCCCCUCGCCAUUGACAGGGAGGGACUGAUAUACAAAUAUAUACAUACAAAUAUACAUAUAUAAAUAAAUAAACAAAUCUUGAUUAUAGUCUAUCCUUGUGGUAUAGUGCUUAAUGUGUUUGUGGAGCAUCUGAUGAUUGCAUACGUGUGAAACUCAGAGUCACAGAAAAGUUGUCUUAUUGAUUUGUCCAACUUUCAGAGAUAUAUAUAUAUAUAUCUUUAGACAGAUGAAUCUGUCUGAUGAUCUGAUGAUCGAGUAAGUGUGAAACUCAGAGUCACAAAAAAGUCUAAUUGAUUGGUUCUACCUUCAGAUAUACCAUUCUCUGCGAAUGCAUCCAGCACUAUACCGUAAGGAUAGACUAUAAUCAGGAUUUAUAUAUAUAUUAUAUAGUUCAAAAUGACUAAAAUGAAACAUGCGUGAUUCCCUGUUACUCUGAGUUUCUCAAAAACUCAGAGUAACAGGGAAUCAUGCGUAUUUCAUUUUAGUCAUUUUAACUGUAUUUCACUCUACACUCAUGUGUAAAUGUGGGGGUAGAGUCUACCUUGGCGUAAAGUGCUAAAUGCUGGGGUAGCAGAGAUGAGUAUAUAUAAGUGAAAGAAUCAAAGAGGACGCAUAGAUUCUCUGUUAUUCUGAGUUUCACACCUAGGUGCUCAUCAGUUCUGUCUGAUGAGCGCUUAGCCAAGUGGCUGAGGUGUGACAGGGUUUAGGCCUGGUUACCAAUCCUGCAAUGCAGGCUUUAAACCUCAAUGAAUAGGACAAGCCCCUUCCAGCCUGCAAUGCACCCAACCACAGGAUAAUGUAAAAAAUAACUAUGUGAUUAUCGAAAAAGCAUAAACCAUCUCUAAUUCAGUUUGCAGAAAAGUUCAGCUGUUUAUCAACUUUAUUUGUUAUCUCUUGAACAGCUGUAAAUGUUCACUGUAGUUUUCAGACUGUGGGUGGAGUGGUGGUGGCAGUUGGUGCUUGUGUUGUCUUGUAUAAAUACUCCAGAGGCGAUAACGAUAUCCAACAAUUUGCAAAUCUCUUUAACGAAGCAAUCCUUCCGGCAGCCAACAGCUUGAGAGCAAUAGGGAAUGGGUCCUUAUGCUUUACAGUCCAGGCAGAAGAUAGAGCAGCCCUCCAGUUGCUAUGGGAACAAUACCAGGACAACACACUACAGACAAAGCUGCAAGACUUUCUGGUGACAGAAGAAAUAAAGCAACUGGCAGAUGGUGAAGACAUGAGUGUGACUGUAUACAUUGAUGAGCAGGAAUAUCAUGAUGCUUGUUUGGAUUUUAUGAUGGAGUUGCAAGGUAAAUAAUUUAAUAAUAGGAUUGUUGUUUCAUUGGUCUCUCAUACAGUGAUUUGCAGUGUUUAAUGAAGAUAUAAAGGUUCUUCUCAAAACACUAAAAGGCCAAAUACAACCAGGGACUAUCCUCCUCAAGCAAGGGGCUUUUAUAGCUUAGUUCCACUUUCUUAAAAAGACAAGGGAGUCUACUUCAUUAACGUCAACUGCAUUACAUGAACAACAAUAAUUAAAAGCACCUCACACACCAUGGAAACUACUUAUAACAGGAGUGUAAAGUCUUCCAUCCCCAAAGUAUUUGGAAAAACUGCAGGGUUGUAAAUAAGGUGCUAAGUUGUUGUGAUUUUGUCAAAGAAAUUGACCAUAAUUGGAGCCAGUAAUAUCUGGUGACAAAAAUCCAAGAGUUUCUGAUUGCUUAUUUUGUGUUUGUUUGUCCAUUUGUUUGUUUUUCAAUUUGAUUUCCAGUCUUUAGUGACGAGGAGUAUGGUCAUCACAGAGACGUAAAUAGAAGGAACUCAGAUUCUGUCAUCUAUAUUAAACCAAAGGAAAAUGAGGCGGCAGCUGUACUGUCUUCGCUGAAAACAGCAGAAAUUAAAUUUCAGCGAGAGAAAAUUGAAACCCUGGAAAAUCAAAUCAACAGGAUUUCAAAGGUAUACAGUGAACAGGAGGAAAGAGAUCUAGAAAUUCAACAGCUUGGACAUAUCGCCGAUCAGCCAGAUGAUGGUAGGAAAUAGCACAAUUCAUUUUCUAUGAUAAUUGAUAAUUAUUAAAUUUGUCGUGUUGCUUAAAAUUUUUCCACACUUACUACCUGCCUACUACAGGAGACUAAUUAAUAUCAUAUCUUUCUUAGAAUCAAGGGGUAAGUUUCUAAAGAAACUGUGGUGCUGCGUCGGUGGGAGAGUAUAGCAGGUAAUUUAGUGUAAACAACUGGGUUGAAAACGUAAAUUAGCCACCGUAAAGGGUAAAAAAGCUGACGUUUCGAGCGUUAGCCCUUCGUCAGAGCUCUGAAGAAGGGCUAACGCUCGAAACGUCAGCUUUUUUAGCCUUUACGGUGGCUAAUUUACGUUUUCAACCCAGUUGUUUACACUAAAUUACUUUCUUAGAAUCAGCCUGACAAAGCUUAGUAAAUAAAGAAAACCUAAACAAGUCAUUUAUUAAGAAUUUUCUCCAUGAAAAAUUUAAGAUCAAAUAUAGAGUUAAAAAAAAGUCAUGCACAGCAAUCUUAAACCCUGUUAAACAAGCAAACAUUUUUUGAUUCAAUAUCGCGUGAACGAUGAAGCCAUUCAUAAGAUAUCAGUUUCAUGUGCAAUUUAAUGUGUAAUUCCCUUGUCAGGUAACAAAUUUUCCUAUGGAAUACAAGGGUUACAUAAUGAAUAUGGAGGUGUUUAACCCUUGACACCCUAACAUCAGUCUCCAUAUUCUCCAUACUAUUUUUUGUAUGUUUCUUGUGGUACUGAAAACGAGAAUUCAUUUGAAGAUCAAUGCUUCUUAGGUUGGUGAUCAUUUCCUUUAUUCUCAUGAGCUUAGUGAAUGAUUCAGCAGUUAUAUUACUGUAAGGAGAAGUGAGAUGCUCAGGUCACUUGCAGAGUUUAAAGAGUUAAGGUAGAUAGUGAAGUUACAACAAAUGGCUCAGAAGAAAAAAGUCUCCGAGGUCUAGGUUUUAAAGCACAGUCAGUAAGUUGAUAUUCAGGUUGCUAAUUAUUUUGCUCAGUUACAAAUUGCGAUUAGUACGCACUUUGAUGGACCAAAUUUUGAAGGUUAAUAAUACUUGCGCUGGCUUUCACUUUGACAUAAAUAGCCUUACUAAAUUAUUAAGGAAGAAUUUGUUCCCUUCUAAUGCCAUCGAGAAUGUUGUAAGAAAAUUUCUUAACAAUACUUCACCUCCGACUAUUCUCAGAGUGCUGCUCAUAGGGAAAAUUGUUUGUAUUUUAAAUUACCAUACACCGGUCCUUUUUCCAUCACAGGGCAAUGCAAAGUGAAACAUCUUAAUUUAUUCCUUUCAUACUAAUUAGUCUCCCUUCUUAGCUUCAACAGUUUCACUUUUUUUUAAUUGUUCUUGUUAACAUCUCACUUUAUUCUACUAUUUAUUGCAUGAUUUCAUUUUAUUUCUCAUUAUACAACUGAUGAUGGAUGAUGUUUCAUCCAAAACAUGUUUUGUUUUCAUUAAAAAAUAUAAGAAAAAUGAACUUCAAAAGCAAUGUGUGGUUCAUCAAAGUGAUAAAAUGAUAACAGUAAUGAUAAAGAAGAUGAGAUUAAUAGUUAUGAUGAUGCUAAUGAGGUGGGUGACAACAGUAAUAAUAAUAAUAAGAAUUAAGCCUUACUCAAUUUGAAGCAAAUUUCCAAUGUGGUUCAUCAAAGCAAUAUCUUACUCUGUGCUUCUACAAAGCCUUAUUAUCUUUUGUAUAAUAACUAUUUGUCUAUUGGUAAUAUUGCUUCUGGUUUUUAUGAUUGCAACAUUUGGAUCUGAUUGACUCAUUAACUAUCUAAAUUAUCAGGGAGUCUCACAGACACAGAAUAAGACUCUGGGUCUUCCAUAUGGGUCAUCAAACUUUCGAGAUAAAAGAUGAUUUGGGUCAGUUCCUCACAGAAACAUAACAUUUGAAUUCCAGAUUUUCCAUAGCCAAUGUUAUUAUGGUUAUCUUAGGAUUCUUAUCUUAAUUUUCUUGAUUGUGCUGAUAUUGUUUUAAAGUAGGUAUCACACUUUCCUCUCAACAACAGCCGCAACAGCAACUGAGUCUGAUUGGUUGAGCUUUCAACCAAAAAAAAAGACUCAUGAACCCACUGAGUGGGGUUUGUCCUGAGAGGGGCAAGGGCUGCAGACAUCAUCUUAGGUCUUCAGGGGAUGGGUCAAGUCAGGCAAAAAGUAAAGGUGGCAGCUGGCACUAAAGGAAAAAUCUGCAGAUUUUAAACCUCUAGAUCUUGGCAGCCCAGUUUAUACACCAAUUAACUACAACCACAGACUUUGACACCCAUUUUUUGUUUGCAGCCAAAUCUGAUGUUUAUAGGAAUGAGGGUAAUGAGGCCUUCAAGAAAGGAGAUUUCAUCAAUGCUAUUCAUUUUUACACCAAAGGAAUUAAAAUCAACUGCAAUGACAAAGAACUGAAGGCCAAACUGCAGAACAACAGGGCAAUUGCACAUUCUAAACUUGGUAAGAUGAUGAGAGCUUUAAUAUGCAUUUUUUUUCUAUUUUGAAGCUAUUGAGUUGUCUGUAGUAGUUUUCUGAAAAAGGUGAUGAUUUUGAAUGCAUGCCCGGAAAAAUUUGCAUCUUAUCUUGGCCUCUCAAAUAUACAAAGAAGUAACCUCUUACCCCAGAUAUCAAUGAGCAUCACAAGUUUUUCCCAAAAUUCUAGUAAUGGUAGUUGGUUUGCAACAUGUAUGGCUAAUCAGAGAUAUUUAUUUCAAUAACAGGAAAUCACCAGGAUUCACUAAGGGAUGCAGAAGCAGCCAUUGAGUUAAAUCCAACUUUCCUUAAGGCAAUUGUGAGAGGUUAGAUAUGUUAGCUGUACUAUAAUAAUAAUAAUAAUAAUAAUAAUAAUAAUAAUAAUAAAAAGAACUCAACACUCUAAGGUUAAAUGAGGUUAAAUGGAGUUCAAUCUGGUCUCAAUUGACUUUAAUUAAGAGGUCGAGACCACCCUGAUGAACAUUUGAAUCCAGCUCUUGACUGUUACGCCAUUACUUUCCAUUAAUCCUGAUGAGAAUAUUAUUUUGAACGGGAUGAAGAACUCAAUGCAGAAUGCAAAGCAAAAUUUCAGCAUGAAUAUUUUAAUUCCUUAAGUUCAAUGAGUCACAGGUGUCAGAUAUGUUAAGAGCGUGUCCACAAGAGCACCGGGCAGUCGUGCUACAUGCCAUCUCACCGAUUUCAAUGAAACUUUACCAGUUUAAAGGGUCUACCCCAAAACUAAAAAAAAAACAGACUGGUUUCUGUUUUGGUUUUUUCUUGGGGGGAGAUAGACCACCCCCCGGUUUUUCUUGGUUUUCACCAAGGAAAUCGCUUCAAAUAGGUAAAAUGUAUGAAGCUCUCACUGCGAUGGUAUUUAACCGAUUACUUUGAAGAUUUGCACACAUAUUUUUACAUCCUUGGUUAAUGUCUGUUGCGAGUAUCAGUCAGUUUGAUGGACGGCUUGUCAAUCAACAGAGGCAAAUAUACGACUGUGUUUUUAGACUUUUCGAUUCAUCCAAAUAUUUGACAACUUUGAGGUCAAAUAUCUCCCGUUUCCAGAAAGCUACAAGACUAAUCUUAAUUACCCUUUAUAACCCAUCAUUUCAUCUCUGAAAAUCAUCAAAAAAAUAUGUGGGCGCUACCGUAUUUUUGUCUUGGAUGCCUUUUAAAAUCUGCGACUGUGACAAGUUUCUCUCAACUACACCUGUCACGCAAUUCUUGCUCUAGGCGGUCACUUGACAAAAUAAACCUACAUUUUUUAGCUCUUUAUACAAGAUGAUUGAUCAAGAAAGGUGAAAAAUGUGAAAAACUUUCGAGAUGCAUGUAGACGAAAAAUCAGCAGAUAUGGCUUCUUUACGGCACAAAACAUUCAUUAGUCUAUAAAUUGAUUAUUAAUCAUCAUCAUUGCUCAUUGUAGGAAAUUUCAAAGUCAUAUACUGCGUGUUGGUCGAUAUUACUACACGUUCCAGAGUGCUACAACUUCGGCUUUUACAGACAAGAAAUUCUGCGCUCUCGCUCGAGAGCAAACAUCAAUAGUUCUAUCGGACUAAAAACUGUGCUUCAAUCCCGAAAAUAAAAUUAAAAAAGUGUUGUCGUUGCGACUUACCGCCAUCGAACAUUUCCAUGCAGAACUCCGCUAAGCUAACAUCUGUUGUGUGACCCUAAGACUCUCCUUAGGAAUUAUUCAAGCGCGUUGUUCAUGCUCUCUGCUAGAUACCAAUUUCAGAAUAACCUACAGAUCUCUAUGAUUAUUUGCCUGCUUCGAUCGUAAAAUAUCUGCAUAUUUUUUCAAGCAUUCUAUUACUACAUAUAAAUCUACAUCUCUCUAGAUCGAGUGUUGCCGGCGUUUAAUUGCGUGACUUGUAAAAUUUUUAAAUAAGAACGAGCCAGCAGUAAUUUGACAAGUAGGCUUCCUGCAAAUUUCCCUUGAUGAAAUCGCAAGACAUAGCCAGUUGGUUUCGUGAACAAAGACAAUAAAUAUGAAAGAAAAGUGAGAUGCAAAUGUCUUUUUUUUUUAGCUUAAUACCAGCUGUACCCUCUCCUGCAGUCUUCGUCUAAAUUUUGUAAGGUCCCUCCUUAUCUUCUGCCUUGUUCGGUCAGUUUCGAAUUCUGAAGCUAGAUCAUUGGCAUCGGCCUCUCCGUCCUCAUUCAUAUUUACAGAGGGGUACCUCAUCAAUAAACCAUUUUUGUUACGGCGGAUAACCGGCUGAAGUAUCGAGCGAUUUGCUGCUGUAUCAACCGGUCAGUCUUAGACAACAUUUCUGGCUGGUGUUGUCUCUUAAUCUCGAUAUUUGGGAAAUCACAUUAGAGGCGGUUGCCUUACUAGUUUCCUCUCUUGUCCAGCGCACGUCUAGGAGAUAAUUCUCUGCUUUCUGAGAAAAGGUGGCUGUUUUUUGUGUUUUCCAAAUAGCCCAUCCAAAGUCCACUUGGUUAGUAAGGGAUUGUUCGUCAAAAUUUUACCUGAGGUUCGACCUUGAACGUAGCCAUCCCCUAUAGAAUGGCAAGCCGGUCUUGGUACAUUUCCUCUUGAUAUUAUCCUAGGCGGAAUUUUUUUGUCAGCUUCACUGUGUUUGUCUUUGUCAGGGUACAUUUGGAUGGCAGCCAAUGACUGAAACGUCUUGGUACAUCCUUCUUUUAGCAAGAAUAUCUCGCUUUCUUGUUUCGUCUAUGACGGAUUGGGUAUAGUUCUCGCGAUGACCCGCGUUUAGAAAUCUGUCCACGUUGCUGAUAACCACCCGCUUCUGAGAUUAGUUUGCUAAGGGUUUCUAAUGUGAUGAGCCUAGUGAGACCCUGAGGUGCUUCAAACUGUGCCAGUUGGUCUGCGCUAUAAACUUGUCGCAGUUCUUAAGUCAGAGGGAGGAUCGCCCACCUCUAUUUAUGUGAGCGCCUCUACAGUAACUGCGUAUCCCUAGCAAUCAUAUGACAUAAAGUUGAUCUCAGUCACAAAUCACCAGUUAGGAAAACUGAUGUUCAGAUAAGCGCUCUUCUUGCCCUUUCUUCCUUAUUCGACUCUAAUAUAGCAGCUAUAGUACGCGUUCUAUUUAGGUUUACAGUCACUUUCCCACCAGGAAGACUCGCCACCAGCUUUGAUUUCUUCUGCCAUCUGCAGAUUCACCUCUCUCUCACUUUAUGUCUCCGAUUUUUAUGAGGAGGAUACUGGCAUUUACAAACCUGAAAGUCUGAAUCUCACACCAAGUUGUGCACGAUAUUUGAGGUACAUCGUGAAAUCGCAACCUUCGUAAUCUCCAAAUAAGCCAGUACGCGCUAGAAUAAGCUUCAUCUCGGACGCAACGCAUGUUUGGGAUACAUCGACGUCUCUCAAAUGUUUUUUUAUAGCUGUAUACCCACGAAUUUAGAGGUAUGAGCUGUUGCCGUCCCUGGCCAGCGCUAGAAAAAUUACAUUUGGUUCUACAGUUAGUUGCAAAUGAACAAGACAACUGCACCAUCUUGACUUUAUCAAUUCGAGUGUUAGAUUGAACUGAGAGCUUUUUAGACACUCGAUUUCUUAUAUGGCAUCACUAUGCAGACGUAAUACAACUGAUACACCUACACUACAUAGGAUUAACAAUGUCUGUUGUGCUGUUGCGAGAAGGAGGAAAAUAUUACCGGAAGUGUAAACUCUUUUUAAAAAGAGUUUCAGAGACGUUUCAGAGAUGUCUAUCUUUGAUCGGCUGUCACAAAAAAAUGACCCCUACUUAAAUUUACUAGGAAAAAUGAACUUACCAACUCCUUGUUGAAAAAAUUGGGAUUCAUUUGACCGAUACGCCGGUUGUUUCAAUUUUGCUUUUUCCUCGGGCUCCUAUAAAACAGUUCAUGACUAAUGAAUAAAAUGUUUUGAAAUACCGUUCAAAUUUGCCUUUAUUUCCUGCGUGCAAAUCAAGGGUAGACAAAGUUUUUAAAACAUUUGACUAGAAUUUCAUGGAGUUCACCUCGAUAAUUUUCAUCGGCCAGAGUCAAGACGCGCCAAGGUAAGCGACACCGCCCUCCAGUAAAAUAAUUUUCCAAAGAAUAAACGUGGCGAGCGUGAGGAAACCCAAUUUUUUUUAUCAUUGUGAUCAAAGCCCAAUGAUGUACCUAAAUUGAUACUUACGGUAUCAAACCAUUGAUUAUGACAGGGUGAGCUUAAUUUUUCUGCCGAGGUCGACGUGACUUCACAUUAAAAGCGUUUUUGACGGAACAAACUAGUGAGCAUCACUGCACGAACUGAGAAAGUAAAAACUUGUAUUUAUCUUCCACGCAUUUCGUCUGACAAUAGUAGACUUUACCAAGGAUUUUUUCAAGUAGGGUAGACAAGCUUGCUCAUAUACAAGUAGUAAAUAAGUUGUCUCUUUGCUAUUGAAGCCAGUGGAUAGAAUUCGCCAGGUGCGCGUACGAUGUUAUACAUGCAUGACAUUUUCCGGACGUUACAUGUACGAGUACGUGAUCCGUUUGAGGGUCAUAGAUUUAGUGUAAAUAUUUCACCCUUCAACAUCACGCAAUGUCUCUAGUUUACAGAAGUCUUAGAACGUUUAAUUAUAUGGAGUUGCCUUCUGCAGGUAGAAGGCUACAAGCGAAUUUCUCAGGCGUCAUUGCCUUUGAUUUCUCAAUUGAUGUUGUCGCAAACACAGUUUUUGGGAGUCACGAGACAAAAAAACUUAUCAGGACCUAGUUUCAUGUUCUAAUGGAAAUAAAUAGCAAAUAAAAACACAUUUUCUUGAGAAAUAAAGUUACAAAUGACGGGGGUUCUCUGAAACAAAUAGUGAUAAAAAAGGAUUUCAGUUCUGGUCAAUAUUGACUUUUCAUGGCCUACUUCCAAAUCUGAGGGAACGUGCUGAGGGAAUAAAAAAACAUAAAUGUGUGAUAAUGCAAGCAAGAGAGUGAAAAUCCAAAUGAAGAAAAAACGUGAUGCAGCGUGCAGAUAUCUUUUGAGCCAGACCUACACACCUAAGCCCGACACCAUCCAGAAAAACUCGAAAGAGUCCUGUAUAUGAACUAGCUCGCACGUGCACGCAGGAAAGGCCAUGACAAUCAGCGAAAAUAAUAGCAAAUGCAGAUGAUAUUUGCAGUCACAAAUUAGGAAAAUAAGAUAACAGAAGGUUUAGGAACCUCCUAGAAUUUCCUUCUUUAAAAAAAAAAGAUUAACAAUUUUUACUUCUCAUGAAAGGUCACGCAGUAACCCUACAAAUACUAUUCCUUUACGUGGAAUUUCUUGAUGGUGGAAAGUGGAAAAAACAUUUUCCAGUCUUAUUUUCUGGAAACAUGGCGUAGUUAAUGAAUUUAUGGGGCUAUUGAUAUUUCCUAACAAAUAAGGGGGGGCAGAGUUUCCCGUCAUUCGCGUUAAGGAAAAGCCGAAGUUGUUACACUCGGGAACUUGUGCGUCAACAAGCAGGCGACAUGUGACUUUAAAAUCUCCUUUCCUGUUACAGUUUCCUUAUGGUAAACUGUGCAAUAAUGAUAAUAGAUGAUCAAAGUAUAGGCUAGUGAAUGUUUUGUUCUGUAGAAAAGCCCUAUGUCCUGAAUUUAGCAAACCUUCAAAGUAAUAAACGACUGAAGAAAGAAACGCAACGAUUUUCCCAUUGAUUUUUCAUCAACAUGCAUCUCUCUAAACGUGAGAUUUUCCAUUCCUACAAAAAAUCUCGAAAGUUUUUCACAUUUUUCACCUUUCUUGAUCAAUCAUCUUGCAUAAAGAGCUAAAUAAUGUUGGUUUAUUUCGUCAAGUGACCGCCUAGAGCAAGAAGUGCGUGACAGGUGUAGUGGAGAGAAACUUGUCACAGUCGCAGAUUUUAAAAGGCAUCCAAGACAAAAAUACGGUAGUGCCCAAAGAUUUUUUUGAUGAAUUUAAGAGAUGAAAUGAUGGGUUAUAAAGGGUAAUUAAGAUUAGUGUUGUAGCUUUCUGGCAACGGGAGAUAUUUGAUCUCAAAGUUGUCAAAUAUUUGGAUGAAUGAAAAGUCUUAAAACACAGUCGUAUAUUUGCCUCUGUUGAUUGACAAGCCGUCAAUCAAACCGACUGAUACUCGCGGCGACCAUUAACUAAGGAUGUAAGAAUAUGUGUGCAAAUCCUCAAAGUAAUCGGUUAAAUACCAUCGCAGUGAGAGCUUCAUACAAUUUACCUAUUUGAAACGAUUUCCUUGGUGAAAACCAAGAAAAACCGGGGGGUGGUCUAUCUCCCCCCGGAAAAAAACUAAAACAGAAAUCAGUUUGUCUUUUUUAGUUUUAGGGUAGACCCUUUAAACUGGCAAAGUUUCAUUGAAAUCGGUGAGAUGGCAUGUAGCACGACUGCCCGGUGCUCUCGUGGACACGCUCUUAAGUCACUAUCUAGCUAUUUUAAAAAAAAAGGAUCAGGACUUACCUAACUCUUAGUGUUUUUGUGGGAGUUGUUGAUCCCAAUUUAAGUGUUCUUAGAAGUUUCAGUUGUCUGUAAAGCUAAAUAAAUCUAACUGAAACCUAAUAGGGCCUGCUUAUUCUUUACCGUUUAGUUUUUUUGUUUUGUUUUGUUUUGUCUUUUUUUUUUUUCUUCUGGUCUGUAAUGAUUUCAAUGGUUUCAGGUUCUUUUCUUAGAAUUGAGCUACAGUAAAGUAUGCUUCUUUGUGUUGUUGCCUACAGGAGCCACUGCUUGUGUUGAAUUGAAGAGAUUUGAAGAAGCAAUCACUUGGUGUGAUAAGGGACUAGCUGUAUCCUUUGAAGGAAUCUUUCAUUUUUAACCGUCGGUAUAAUGGAAAUAGUUUCCAUAAUUUGAUGUUUCAAGGGUAUUAAUUAUGAUGGGAACUUGUCAGCUCAUAUACUUUAAGUGUGUGUGAUUAAAAACAUAGGAGAAGUUAUUAAUGAAAUUACUCCUUUUAGCCAAUUUGACUCAGUUCUACUAUCCAUGCCAACAACUGGUACAUUAGUUUAAAUAACCCUUUAAUUUCCCAAACCAAAUUUGUAAUUAUCCUUACCGUCAACCAUACAAUUCUUGUAAUGUUAGUACAGAGAAUUCAGUAUUGCAUCAACUAAUUAUUUUCAAAUUGAUAUAUUUUUUUUUACUCUCAACACUUAUCUGAUUGAUAUUGUAUUGCUAUUGUAAGGAGAAAUUCUCUUUUGGUCACUCACGGGAGUUAAAGGGUUAGAAGACUAAUAUUCAUCCAGUUUAUACAUGGUACUUGGGUAGAUGAUCUCUCUAAAACAAGCCAGAACAAAAAGCUCGGUAAUGUUUACAUAUCUUAUGCAGAUUUUCUUGCCUUCGACCUUUUUCCACUACUUAGAGACUCGGAAACUUUCGUCCUGCUUUCCUAUCGACAAAUAAAAAUUUUAAAGACAUGUAUUUGUGUUGUAGACUCAUUUCUUCCACUGCUGUAAAACAUUUGUCUGAUGUUAAAGCUAUAUUAAUUAAAAAAUUGAGCAAGUGCUGCUCAGUUUUUGGAAACUAGGGAUUAAAUGUAGAUAUUUCGCGUUAAAUUUUGAGGCUGCAAACAGAAAAAACAUUUUUUGAAGUGUAGAUUUACUUCAUAACUGACUUUAAGACUGAAUGUUGAUAAAUCAUCUACCUUUCAUGCAAAGCCCUCCUAAUGGGCCAUUUUAUAGUUGUGUACUUAGUUGCCAAGCCUUUGAUGUUUGGAGUGAGGCUGAAGGUGACCUUGUUGUGAUAGAGACUGGUAUCUAGAAACGAUAAUAACAAAGUAGUUUGCAUUUAAAAAGCAACAAUGUUUUUAUCAUAACAAGGUCACCCUUAAUCAUCGCUCUUGUUCAGAGGCUUGGGAACCAAGCACGCAAAUGUUAAAAUGGACUAUUACAUAUCAAUAUGAUAAGAAACAUAAUCUUUUUUGUUUUUUCCACAUUUUUAACCCUUAACAUAAAAAAGAUUGACAAAAACAACAGGAUCUUGUUGUCAUUAAGACUUCAGUCUUUCAGUGAAGUGGGAGAUAAGUCCAUGGAGGAAAAAGAUCCUAUUAGUCAUGACCACGGUAGUGCAAGUUCAGGUGAUGUCAAGAAAGUCAUAGAUCUUUAUAAUCGGGGAGAGGAAGCCAUAGAGUACCUCAACCUAUAUCUUAAAAAAGCUAAAGAAGUAGGAGACAAGCAUGAGGAGGGUAACGCUUAUGGCAGUCUUGGCAAUGCUUAUGGCCAUCUGGGUGAUUUCAAAAAAGCCAUAGAGUACCAGAACCUACAUCUUAAAAUAGCUAAAAAAGUAGGAGACAAGCAUGGGGAGGGUGGUGCUUAUGGCAAUCUUGGCAAUGCUUAUUUUAGUCUGGGUGAUUUCAAAAAAGCCAUAGAGUACCACAACCUACAUCUUAAAAUAGCUAAAGAAGUAGGAGACAAGCGUGGGGAGGGUAACGCUUAUGGCAAUCUUGGCACUGCUUAUGACAUUCUGGGUGAUUUAAAAAAAGCCAUAGAGUACCACAACCUACAUCUUAAAAUAGCUAAAGAAGUAGGAGACAAGCAUGGGGAGGGUAAAGCUUAUGGCAAUCUUGGCACUGCUUAUCACAUUCUGGGUGAUUUGAAAAAAGCCCUAGAGUACCACAACCUACAUCUUAAAAUAGUUAAAGAAGUAGGGGACAAGCAUGGGGAGGGUAACGCUUAUGGCAAUCUUGGCAAUGCUUAUCACCGUCUGGGUGAUUUCAAAAAAGCCAUAGAGUACCAUAACCUACAUCUUAAAAUAGCUAAAGAAGUAGGAGACAAGCAUGAGGAGGGUAACGCUUAUGGCAGUCUUGGCAAUGCUUAUGGCCAUCUGGGUGAUUUCAAAAAAGCCAUAGAGUACCAGAACCUACAUCUUAAAAUAGCUAAAGAAGUAGGAGACAAGCAUGGGGAGGGUGGUGCUUAUGGCAAUCUUGGCAAUGCUUAUUUUAGUCUGGGUGAUUUCAAAAAAAACCAUAGAGUACCACAACCUACAUCUUAAAAUAGCUAAAGAAGUAGGAGACAAGCGUGGGGUGAGGGUAACGCUUAUGGCAAUCUUGGCACUGCUUAUGACAUUCUGGGUGAUUUAAAAAAGCCAUAGAGUACCACAACCUACAUCUUAAAAUAGCUAAAGAAAUAGGAGACAAGCAUGGGAAGGGUAAAGCUUAUGGCAAUCUUGGCAAUGCUUAUUUUAGUCUGGGUGAUUUCAAAAAGCCAUAGAGUACCACAACCUACAUCUUAAAAUAGCUAAAGAAGUAGGAGACAAGCAUGGGGAGGGUGUUGCUCAUGGCAAUCUUGGCAAUGCUUAUUUUAGUCUGGGUGAUUUCAAAAAAGCCAUAGAGUACCACAACGUACAUCUUAAAAUAGUUAAAGAAGUAGGAGACAAGCAUGGGGAGGGUGGUGCUUAUGGCAAUCUUGGCAAUGCUUAUGACAGUCUGGGUGAUUUCAAAAAAGCCAUAGAGUACCACAACCUACAUCUUAAAAUAGCUAAAGAAGUAGGAGACAAGCGUGGGAGGGUAACGCUUAUGGCAAUCUUGGCAAUAUGUUUAUCGAACUCUGGGAUAUUUCAAAAAGGCCAACAAUUACAGCCAGCUAAUCUUAAAAUUAGCGAAAGAAGUAGGAGACAAGCGCGGGGAGGGUAACGCUUAUGGCAAUCUUGGCAAUAUGUAUCGAACUCUGGGAUAUUUGAUAAAGGCCAACAAUUAUUACCAGCUAAUGCUUAAAAUUGCUAAAGAAGUAGGAGACAAAUCCUUAGAGGCCAAGGCCUACUAUUCAGUAGGAUGUGUUUUUGAGUCGCUUGGUAGACUGCCUAAAGCUGUUGUUUAUUAUCAAGCUAGCAUAAACUUAUACAAUUCCUUAAGAGUACUUCUAAAAUCUAAAGAUGAGUGGAAAGUUCAUUUUCGAAAUCAGUAUCAGAUGGCGUAUACGGAUUUGUGCAGAGUUCUUGUAGAACAAGGUAAUAUAGAUCAAGCCUUACUUGCUGCUGAGCAAGGACGAGCUCAAGCUCUGACCGACCUUAUGGAAUCCAGUUUUUGUGGUGGAGCAAGUCAGCACAGAGGCGAUGAAAGAUUUAGCAGUUUAUGAAAACGUUCCAUCAAACACCGUCUUUCAGGCAGUGGACAAAGCUGACGUCAAUCUUUGGGUUGUGUCCGAAGGAAAACAAGUUCAGUUAAGACAAAGUAAACUUAAUGGUUCUGUUUCAGGGAAAAAAAGCUAGCCAGUCCCUCGAGGCGUUCGUGCUCGGUGCUUUCUUUAAUGUGCGAUGCGAGAAUCCAUCUUUGGAUGCUUUGAGCAUUUUGUAUGACACCGUCAUGAUGCCGGUGGCUGACCUGGUUCAAGGAGAUGAGCUAGUCAUUAUUCCCGAUGGACCUCUGUGGCUCGCUCCUUACGCUGCAUUGAAGGAUGGUAAUUCUAAAUACCUGUGUGAAUCAUUCAGAAUCCGACUCGCUCCAUCGUUAGCAAGUCUUAGACUCAUUGCCGAUUGCCCAGAUGAUUAUCACAGAAGCAGUGGUGCGUUACUUGUAGGAGAUCCGUGGGUAUCCGAGGUUACUAACAGCAAGGGGAGAAAGUCCUCGAGCAGAUUCUGUGUGCUAAAGAAGAAGUAGAAAUGAUCGGAAAAAUUCUGAAUAUCACGCCAAUCACUGGCAGACAGGCCACGAAGCGUGAGGUGUUGAAAAGACUCGGUUCCGUUUCCUUAAUUCACUUUGCGGCACACGGAAGCAAGGAAAAUGGCGAAAUUGCUCUUACACCUGAUCUAGACCGAAUAUCUUCUGUGCCGACGGAGGAGGAUUACAUUUUAACAAUUGGAGAUGUGUUGAAUGCUCAAAUUCGCGCCAAACUUGUUGUGCUUAGUUGCAACUACAGUGGUCACGGCGAGAUCAAGGCUGAAGGUGUGGUUGGUAUCGCGCGCGCUUUUAUGGGGGCUGGUGCUCGGUCUGUUUUGGUGUCCCUGUGGGCGAUUGAUGACGAGGCUACUCUCGAGUUCAUGAAAAGCUUUUAUCAACACCUUGUAGAAGGUAAACCUGCAAGCGAGUCACUGAACCUGGCCAUGAAAAGCCUCAGAGAAUCAGAUGAGUUCCACGACAUCAAAUACUGGGCGCCCUUUUCGCUGAUUGGAGAUGACAUCACUCUUGACUUCAAUGCAAAGGAAAGAGAAAAUUUAAAUGUAAAAUCAUAUAGAUAAAAAAUUGCCUUUUUUUUCAUCUCAAAAAGAACGACGCAGGAACUUGGAAGGUUGAAAUGUUUCUCUAUUUCGGCAAUUUUGUGUUAUUUUUCAUUACUCUUAGUUUACUUUUUCGUUAAAUGGAACUUGAGAUGUGUAACUUUACUUUGGUGAAGAAAAUAAAGAGACUGUUUUAUUACAUUUUGAUCAGUGGAAUUGUCUUUUUUUGUUACCUUUACAAAUGCAAAUGCUCGCGAAGAGAACGAAAUGCAACAAGGCUUCGGUUAAGAAUACCUGCAGUAGUUGAAGGCGAUUACGAGGUUUCCGUUUUCGCCAAAAUGACACUCAGCUCUAUUCCUGCUAUUACAGUUAGUUGUAUGGAAAACAAUGUAAUGGUUUUUUCUUGUGCAUAACCAGGAACUUGUCCACCUGGUUUUAAUUACAUUUAUACUGUAAGUUCUAGAUAACCAAAGAAACAGUUCGUUAUUUGCAAAAGUUGGCGAAAUUUAAAAAAAAUUGAUUUUCAUUUUCAAAUUUUUUUCCUUCAAUUGUGAAGCAGUCUAAUUUUAUUAGUGCCAAGAUUGCCACUCUAAGCUUAAUUUGAUGAAGUAAACAUCAGAGAUGAUGUUAUUGAAUUUACUGUCCAUAUGUCAGAGACAUUAAACCCACUUUUAGGGGUGUAGCCAGCCUUUAGUCCUGUAGGCCCGGCCUACCAUUGUUUUCCACCUGCUUGACUUUUGUAAUAUGACUCUUGCAAAUGUUGAAACAAAAAUUGAAUUUUCUUAGGGAACAGGCCCACGGCAAGUCAAAAAGCUGGCUACAACCCUGCUUUUAACCAAACGAGUUUCGUCAAUUUUAGUCUGUUUUAUCAAACACUUAUCUGUUCGUUUUAAAAAAAAACGACGACAGAGAAGUGAAAAAUUGUCCAUGUAAUCUAAACAAGGAAACAGCGAAGAGGAUUCACUGUAACUGAAGUUUUCUAUAGCUGCGACUUUUAAUUUAUAUGACAUGGAAGUUGUUGUUUCAAGUAGGAAAUUAUUUUACGCCCACAAAUCACAGAAGCAAUGAAAGUAAGCCCUGUAAUCCUCAAUGGGAAUUAUUUUGGUGAAAAGGUUCAUAAACAAUUGUAAAUCUAGUCCUCAGUUGAAAAGGUUCAGGGCUUCAGGACAAAACUUUCAAUUUUUGAAAAUUCCCUAUUCUAACUUUUUCCAUUGCUCUAAAUUUAGCGUAGUAUAAUUUGAAGAUGUCUGAUCAUUAACAUCUUUCUUAGAUUUAAGAAUUUAUACAUAGGUAUUCAAAGAAUGCUUUGUAAUUAGAACCCGUUGUGUGGUCAAAAGUUUGAGAUAUACUGUAUCACAGCUGUUUAGAAGAAAUUUUUGUAAAAUCAAUCUUAAUUUAGCAGAUUUUCGCAACUACCAUUGGUAUAUGCUGGUAUAAAAUGUAAUAGUGAACCUCGGACAUGGUUGAAUAUGAUGUAACGUAGGAUUUUAAAAACAAGUUGGGACAAUUUUAACUGAGCAUGCUUUGUAUAAUGUCAGUGUAUUUCAUGUGAAGUGUUUUGAUGUAUUUUUAUUCACAGUUAAAGAUAAUUAUUCAUUUACCUUAGUUUAAUCAACUCAUGAACAGCCAAGUUUGAUAAAUUCUCCCAACUGAUAAGAAUGUAUUUCUUUGUUGCUUCAUUCCGAGAAUUCAAUGUGACAUUACGUUUCUAUCAAAAAAUUAUCCUCAAGUUAAGAUUUUCUCUAAUUCUUAUUGACACCACGUGUUUUGCUGUGUUAAUACUGUGAGGAGAAAAUUAAAUUAUGAUCAGUCUUGGUAGUAAAUGGGUUCAUUUUAGUGUCUCCGUUCAGCACGUAUUUUACUUUAAGCCUUGACAAUUUAAUGCAGUUUCUACUAUACUUAUUUUUUAUUUCUUUGUGUAAGAGAAAUGUAAAGUGUAAAAAAUACAAAAACUACGUUGAUUUUCAUUGUCUGUCUUCAUAUUCCAAGGAUUCACGUGAAAUGCAGAGAGAACAGAUCCUAUGGGGACUUCAAUGCUUGUUUUGACCUGUGCGCGCCUAUUUGAUUAAGUGUACAGCUGAUAGUCAAGCCCCUACCCACUUAACAAACGCGAGUCGUCUCUUUGAUUUUAUGUCUUCCACUUCUACGGUUUUGAGCGCCGACGGACGUGUUCAUACUGUUACAUGUAUGCGCCUUUAUUACCUUUUUCCUCACACAAGUUUUUACACCUUUUCACAUUUGCGCGUCCCUUCUUUUGUUCUUCCUUUUAACAAUAAUCAAGAAAGGAUAAGUUACUAUCAAUAGUACUUAGAGAGAUAGUCGAUAGCAACUUGAGAGAUUCAUUAUGAGCAAACGCGUUCCAUCCAUUAUUGGACUACAUGUGUCCUUACAUCGUAGAAUAAACUCGAAUACACACGCCCAUAUGCCUCUCUCCUCCCUACCUUCAAUACCAGUAUACAUCCCUCUACUUCAACCUUUAUCAUUAUACAGCACAAUACAACAUUCUACCCCUGAGUAACACUGUAAAUCCGUAAAUUGCAAUAACUUCACAGCGCUUCACAACCAUAUGUACCCCUAAAUAGCUACAUGCUUCCCUCUACCGAAUUUUACAUUACCAUACAGCGCUAUAUAAAUAAUUUCUCCAAUUUGGCGCGAAAAUGAGUACGAAUAGUUGUCCGCGGACAUUGCCUGUUCCAAGAUGCAAAAACCGAGACCUUCGAGGGACAGACAAUGUCCAAGGCCAAAUACCUGUACGUAUUUUCGCGCAAAAUAGUGACAAUUGUGUUUUUUUUAUCCUUCAAAUAUUUUGCAACGCACGUGAAAAAUAUUUAUUAACAGCUUCAUGAAUUGAAUGACUCAAGGGGGUAAUAAAGAGCGUUAGCCCUUCGUCAGAGCGAUUGCAAAGGGCUAACGCUCGAAACGUGAGCUUUCAAUUUACGUAAUUAACUCAGAUGAUAAUGCUAACUUAUCCAGAAUUGAAUUAAGUUUGAAAAGAAGACUUAUCGUGGUGGAUGUAAGGUUUUCAAAUUUGGGAAUAUCGCUUGGGUAAUAUUCUUGGAUAUCACUCAGUUUUAGCUGGGUAUAUUCAGUCGCUUGCUGCGUUUAGAUCAGUCGCGCACGAGCAAAAACAAUUGAUGGAUCAUAAACAGCGAUAUCUACUCCUAGAUAGCUCUAUACUUCUGUCUUCUGUAGUUUACAUCACUAUACAGCAAUAUGUACCCGUAAAUAGCCUUGAUCGGCAUAAUGGAAUACAUACAUCGAAAUUUUCCAGCCUCACGGGCCAUGUUUUAUGUCUAUCUCCAAGGUUCAUUAAAUACUCGAUGAAAACCUUUGCGUCGUUUAAAGAAAACACAGCAUUUUCCAGCGCAAUCAUGACUCGUCUGACGUGAAGAUUCAGAGAUCGAGAGUUGAUUACGGCUUCAAGUUUCAAAUUCUUAAAGGCGGGAAAUAUGUCUUGAAUUCUUGGGUUGGACUCAAGAAGUCUGAGACAAAAUCAUUCAUGAACAUCGCUAUCAAUUCUGAAUAAUUGAAAUUCGAUUCACGUUCACUUUAGAUAAUAAAUUUAAGUCCCAUUUUGCCAGUUAUACAAAGAAAUCAAGAGUCUGAGCAAUACCCACAACAAGACACAAUCACACACACGCACAUAUCUCAGUUCUAAAAAUAAAAAGAUACAUGACAGGGUUGACUCAAGAGCACAAUUGGUAUGGAGGCUCCGGGUAAUGGGCUCCUGCCAAUACAUUAAUUAUAUUCACCGGCGACCUCGGCGGGGAAAGCCAGGGGACGGAUGUUUUUCGAAACGGAUGCGAUGCGUGAAUCGAAACUAUUAAUAAUACUGUCCCAUUACUUUCUGCUGACGUCUCGAGUGCACGCAAAUCUAAUAAAAGGACUGUUAAAGGGCUAUGAAAGGAACUAGUCAAAUUCAGACUCAAAUGUUCACUCUACGUUCCAGUCCUUUUGUCAGCGACAUCAGCUGACAACAGCCUUUAAUGUACCUAACGAAUUUUCUUAAUAGCAACAUUGAACAUCAAUGUCAUUUAAGAAUUUUUUGAUAAUUCUGAAAUAUAUUAAUUCUUAAUAAAAUAUAUCAAAACGAAAAAUUUUAAUAGCUUUUACAUCUAAAAUUAUCGAAAGCUGCGACAUUCAGAUAUGAAUUACAAGUUCUUUGAGGUUAUAAUUCAGGUCGGCAAGUAGUUUUUCUUUUAGGUAGAGGUUCAACUUCUGCCUCAAAGAAAAUUUAUUUCUCAUCUGCCGACUUGAAUUCUCAACACUUAAUAAACGUAAUGAACUCGUAUGUUCAUGCUCCCACAGAAACAAAGCGUUACUGCGUAGCAAUUGAACAAAUAAUUUUAACUUACCGCCACGCCUAUAAUGCAAAUUUGUAAAGUGUAUAACGAUGGUUUAUAUACUUUACAAAUAUAGAUAUAUCUUUAACUAUCUAUCUAUCUAUCUAUCUAUCUAUCUAUCUAUCUAUCUAUCUAUCUAUAUAUAUAUAUAUAUAUAUAUAUAUAUAUAUAUAUAUAUAUAUGUAGGGGUAGAGUCUACCUUGGCAUAAAGUGCUCAAUUCUGUGGUAGCAGAGCUAAGUAUACAUAAGUUAAAGAAUUAAAGAGGACGCAUCGAUUCUCUGUGACUCUAAGUUUCGCGCCUAAACGCUCGUCAGACAGAACUUUUAACUUGUGUAUAUAUAUAUGUAUGUAUAAAUAUAUUUAUUAAUAUAAUAAGCUCAGUUAUGCACGCAUUCUGAUUGGUUCUCACCUAUGAUCUAUUGGAGGACAGACGUAUAGAUGACGUCAUCUUUGAAACUAUUUUCCGUCUAUUUUAAUUCUUCAUUAUGUAAAACAAAUAGAUUCCAAGUUGCCGUGCGUCUCUUCAAUAAUCAUAUCAUAUCAUAUCAGAUCACAGAAGACGUCGAGGUCACGAUGACAGGUGUUCCUUAGUCGCCCUCUCUUUCUAUUAUCCCGAAGAUCCCAGUGGAGGUGAAUUUUUGGUAACGCACUCUUCUUUGAACUUUUCACUCGUAUAUUUGUAGUUCCGACAAUUUGAGCAAAUCAUUUUGGUGAUGUAAAGGGAAAAUCUUGUUACUGAUGAUUCAGCGGUUUUAUAAUUAUUUUAUUUUUGCUAUUUUCUUUUCACCUUAUAAGAAUCUACUAAAUAACCUCGGCACCUAGUGACGUUUUCCUCAUUUUUCCCCUAAAACAGAAAAAUAAAAACGAGACAGGAAAUCGCUGCUGAGUUUCUAGUUCUUAACGGCGGGUUAUUCCUAAUACUAUUUCUCAGUGUGAGACGGGGCCGCCAGGGAUGAAUUCCGCUAUUUUGCGAAAAUUUAGCUGAUUGAUAAUGACAUAGUCUUCCCGUAGGUUUAGCAGUCUACAGUCUUCAGCUUAUUUCAAAGCAGUUCCGAAUAUUUAAGCUUUCGGAAGCGAAAAGAUUAAAUUUGACUGUUCUGUAAAGGAAAUUUCAUUCUUAAUUUACGUAUUAGGUGUAAGGUUAGUUCUGAGGGAUAAAAAAUGAUUUGGUCAAUUAGAGUGUACAAGGGGAGGGGAGUCAGAUCAAACACAAAUUACAAAGGAAGUGGGUCUUAUUCAUGUUUUUGAUCGCCUCUCUAUUUUACGAGGGAAAGCAAAUCGAUUUGAGAUUUUAAAUCUGAUCGACUCCUAGCUGGAAUGUUUUCUGAAGCCCCCCCUCCCCUCCCCUCCCUCCUCUAUGAAAAGAGUAAUGCUGAAGAGAGAGUCAAUUUUGUCGCCAUGUCACAGUUUUAAAAUUGAGUUGAGGACAACGUAAUUAAGUGAACUCAAGGUUAGGAACACCUUGUUAAUUGCUGGCUGAUAGAAAUUGUUUACUUUUCAUUUACUGUGUAAAAAAGAGUGAAUUGAACACCGUCCGAUAAAGAAAUAAGACACAAAUUGCAUUGAAUAUAAUCAGGAAUGGGCUCCUGAUACAAAGAGGUACACUAAGGUAUAUAGACAGAGAAGUUAUAGUAGCUGAAAUAUUCAUUACUGCUAGAGUAACAAUUCAACUUUUUUGUAAAUGAAGGGCAAAUAUAACUAGUAACUGACCGAAAAUUUAACUAAUUUUGUUUACUUUUUCACGUCUAUACUUGGCAUGAAUACAUGUAUUUUCUCACGUUCUCUCAAAAAUAAAAAGAUCAGUUUGUUGAUUCUGUAUUAACACCCUGGUCUUUUGCAUGGUCUUCAACUGCAUCCAGCUACAGCCAGAGAGAAAGCGAACGGAUGCAAUUCGCCGCAAAGAAACAAAAUCAUAUUGAACACAUAGGUGUAUCCGGUAAGGACUUAUUUUUCUUCAGGUUUCACCACAGUCAAACUAGUGAUGUUUUAUCUCCUUCCAAAUGCUUUUAAAACUUAAUUCGUCAUCUGCCUUUCAUGGGCUUAUUAGCGACUGACCAAGCUAACAGAUUCUUAAAAAGCGAUUUACAUGUUGCGUGUCUUCCUCUUAUCCGAUCCUGUUGGCUAUCAACAAAAAUACCAUAUUAAUCACGUGAUUUUAGCCCUAUGAGGGAGACGCGAUGGCGUAAUGGUUAGUGCGCUGGACUCCGGGUCAGGAGGUCUGGGUUCGAGACCUGGCUAAGUCAUUGUGUCGUGUUCUUGGUUUGUCGUUCGGGAUUAAGAAAUAAUAGUAAAAUAAUAAAGUAAGAUGAGAUCGUAGCUCUUCUGAGUCACUAUGACUUGAGGUGGCAAAAGUUAUCUGUUUGUGCUGUCAUAAGUCGCGAAAUUGGAAAUUAAGAGCGUCCCACCUACCAGAAAAAAUUGAUCCCUGGAACAUUUGCGCCAAAAUGUCCGAAAAGUUAAUAAUACCUGUACAAGACAAAGGGAUUUUUGAUAAUAUCUUUGCUUCGACUAGUCAAAUGAUGAUAUGAGCCCUUCAUGUAACAUAAUUAUAAAUGACGUCAUAAGCUUGGGCUCCAGGCCUCUGCAGUGAUCAUGAUGCUGACGAAUAAUACAAUGAACUUAUGUUUGUAACGUGAAAAUUUUACAUUUUGGGAUUUUAAAUUACGCUUUGGCAUUAGUUCAUGUCUUGUGUGAGCAAAUUUUUUUGGUUUGAGUCGAUGAUGGGCUCCAAAGACACAAUGGUGACCUAUUGACAUGAAAAAGAAACAGAAAAAAAAAACACACUUGAAAUAUAGACCAUUUAAGGCGAACGUCUUUAAACGCUAUAGAAAACAAACAAAUUGAGUUUGAAAGGUGCACGUAUUUCGGCUGGUGAGCAUAGUUGCAUUUACUGCUCUAGUUCAGUUGAACAAUUUAUACAACUAGGUUUUUCAAUGCUUACUCAAUGGGAUGUUUAUCUCUAACGCUGUCAUGGCUCGUCUGACGUGAAGAUACAGAGAUCGAGAGUUGAUUACGGCUUCCAGUUUCAAACUCGUAAAGGCGGGAAACAGGUCUUGAAUUCUUGGGUUGGACUCAAAAAGUCUGAAACAAAAUCAUUCAUGAUCAUCGUUAUCAAUUCUGAAUAAUUGAAAUUCGAUUCACGUUUACUUUAGAUAAUAAAUUUUACUGCCAUUUUGCCAGUUAUACAAAGAAAUCAAGACACUGAGCAAUACCCACAACAAGACACAGCUACACUGUUGUGAAUCUCCAUCCUCAUCUUCAACAGAACUAUGCUAUCACGAAGAUAGUGCGCGUGCGUUUGCAUUUUGAAGUCACUUUAGCACAAAAUAAUGACCCGAUUGGCAAGAAUACAGGCUAAACACGCCACAGCGCUGGUGCUUUUUGUAUUUUGGCGUUUGCUCUCUAAAAAGCCCGAGAAAAUGUUUUCACUGUCUAUUAAAUUAUUGAUUGUUUUCAUUUCUCGGGUUCUUCUUUAAAACCGGAACUCGGUUCUUAGCGACUUCUUUAAGUACUGCUCUUAUUUAAGAGUGCUUAUUUAACUCAGAUCGAGAUGCCACUAUAUUUUUCGACUAUAUCAACUCUAGGCUCCCUAACAUCAAGUUCACUAUGGAAAAGCAGGUUAAUCACAAAUUACCCUUUUUAGAUGUCCUGAUUGACAACCAUGAGCCCAGUUCCUCUCUAACUAGGAUUUACCGCAAGAAAACUUUCACUGGGUUACUAACUAAUUAUUUCAGCUUCACCUCGUACUCUUACAAAGUGGGUCUCAUUAAGACACUCGUUGAUAGGGCUUACAAGAUUAAUAGCACCUGGUUAGGGUUUCACGAGGACAUUAACAAGCUUACUGAUAUUCUAAAAAAGAAUCUUUUCCCUGCUCAUUUAAUUAAUCGAGAAGAUUAUAAACCGUUUCAUCACUGGGACUCAAAACAUUCAUCAUCCCCGGGGUUCCCCUCCUACCACUUCACCUACGUUCUACUUUAAGCUACCUUACAUAGGCCACUUUUCUACUAAAGAUCCGCCAUUUUAUGAAGCGCUAUUGCAAUGACUUGGAUAUCAAACUGGUUUUCUCUUCCUUCAAAAUCGGUAACUUCUUUGGUGUGAAAGACCCUUUCCCUGACGGGCUCCGUUCACGAGUGGUCUAUAAGUAUGUGCUGGUGUAAUGCCUGUUACGUCGGUGAAACCUGCCGGAAUUUUUCCACACGUGUUAGAGAGCACUUAGUAAGUGACAGGGCCUCUCACAUUUUCAGGCAUUUGAAAGAUUCUCCGCAAUGUCGCGCUCUGUGUUCAGCAGAUAACUUCCAUGUUUUAGAUCACGCCUCCACCGGUUUUCAGCUUAAGAUACAAGAGGCUAUUCGUAUUCAAAGAGAACAACCAUCUUUGAAUCAACAAUUACACCAUGUAAAUCUAAAACUAUCUUUUUAAUUCUCACACUUGCAUGCUUUACCUCUCUUCUUGUUGUCACUAUUCAUCUUAAUUAGCAUUGUUCUACUUACUAUAUAAUUCAACUUUCAACGCUUUGUACAGUAAUUAAGUGAAGAUGACAGAAGUUUCUGUCGAAACAUGUUUUACAAACUCAAAAGUUUUGUCGCUUUCUUUAAAUUCUUGACUUGCCUGCUAAUAUCAAGACCCUUUAAAACACUUACCGUUUAAACACUUUCUUUCCUAUGACGCUCUUAAUGCGCUGCCAAAAAUUCUCUUAGAAUGCAUUUUUGUUCGUGUGACAGCGGAAUAUCUCUGAUUCUUGAAGUCGAUGUUGCCGUAGCAACUGAGACUUCUAUUUCGAUUCUGUUAUUUCGCGACGCAAAACAACCCAUGGCAUUUACAGUUUGACUGUUAAACAUAAAAUGAAGAUGUGUAGACACUAGCUGAAUAGAUUAAUGAAUCCAGCUGCUUUCCUUUAAGAAAUCUGUCAUACGCUGUGAUGAUGGGUGAUGUAUAAAAACUCUGACGUUAUCUGUGCAAAACGUUUGUUUUUAUAUCGACCAACAUCUUGACUUGUUGUUCACACUAACUGAAAAGGGAAAAAUUCCGAAUUUCUGCUUGAAAAAAUUGCCGUUUGGUCGAGAAAGAGCAGAUAUGCCCUGUCUCCACCAAAAGCCUUGAUAUUAAACUUAGUGAUUCGUGCAUGAGUGAAAAUUGUAAAAUUGUUUAACAUUUUGACAGGCAAGAACAUACUGACAACAACUCAACACUUCAGCUAUAAAUUUGCAUUUUGAAUAUGGUAAUUGUGUCUUUGUACUAUCAGUUAAGCUUCUGAGUUGUUCUCCUGACAUGUCUCGAGCCUAAAACUGUCGCCGAACAGUCUCCCUCGGCGAUUGGGCCUCUAGGCAUCUAACCUUUCUCUAUAGUGUUGGUACAUGGCAUUUGAUGAUGAGGUAUUAUGAAAUGUUGUUACUAUUAUUAAUUUGCAGAUGUCGUUGGACUAACUAUCAGUGAUAUUGAUGGGAAACCGCUAAUUUUCAAGCACAAUUAAAGUUCUGUAAGUAUAGACAAUGUGCAGUUAUACGCCAUACUUGUGUAAUUAAAAGAAUUCAUUUCGCGAACUUUCCUUCGUUCUUCAAACCACUAAUUUUCUAAUAUUUAUGCGGUACUUUCAUAAUUUAUUCAUUACAAUUUCGUGCAAAUGUAAAACGUAGAUUAAAGCUGGCUCGAUCUGUCCUCAUGGGACAUCCGGUGAAAACGUGUGAAUCAUUACAUUGGUGCAGAGGAAUUAUUUUUCUGUAGUUAUUCCGACAUCCCUCAACGCACAAAUCCAGGUGAGUUUACUCAUUCUAUAAGUCGCGAAGUAGGAAAUGAAGAGCGUCCCACCUACUAGAAAAAGUUGAUCCGUGGAACAUUUGCGCUAAAAUGUCCGAAAAAUUAAUAAUACCUGUACAAGACAAAGGGAUUUUUGAUAAUAUCUUUGCUUCGACUAGUCAAAUGAUGAUAUGAGCCCUUGAUGUGACAUAAUUAUAAAUGACGUCAUAAACUUGGGCUCCAGGCCUCUGCAGUGAUCAUGAUGCUGACGAAUAAUACAAUGAACUUAUGUCUGUAACGUGAAAACUUUACAUUUUGGUUUGAGUCGAUGAAAUUAUCUGCUGAGAACUUCUAUUUGCGAUUUCUUGUUCAACCCGACAGAAAACAAAGGAAGGAAGGAAACCGUGGAGAACAAUUCUCAAGCUAAAUCUUCACGCCACUCAAUGAUGUUUUACAAUGUAAAAGGGAAGAAGAGCUCAAAAGAAACUUAGGAAAGAAAGCAGGCCAGGGACACGCUCCAGAGGUUCAAAAAUGGUGACGAUCUGAGCGGUAAUUAUCAACGACAACAUAAAACAUUAAAUCUAAACUACCAUAACUUACAACUUAGUUCUUUUUUAUUUAUUCAGCACAACGCUUAAAAGGAGAAUUGAGAGGUAUGUAUCUUUGCAUCAUAAAGAGAGUGGCUUUCUAUUCUUGAAACCCCCACGGAUUACUGCCGCUGGAGUCUGUGCAAGGUCAGUCCAACUAACCUGAGGUCGGUAUAUACUCAUUGCACACCUCAUGAGAAAAUGAUGGUACAGGGAGGGAAAACCAGGGCGUUGGCUAAGUACAUCGAUUUCAAUUCAGUUAUUUUUAGAUUGAAGCGGGAAGCAUUAUGGUUUCCUAAUUUAGUUUCUUUAUUGCCAAAGUCUAAGAUUAAAAGAGCCAAUCUCCUCGCUGUUUGCCAAUACAUCAAUUGUAUUCACUGGCCACUGCGGCUCACUGAGAGAGGCUGUAUGUUUUUCCACACGAAUGCGAUGCGUGACAUGUGCAAGUAAAAAGGAAAACAUGACAACCGUUCAAGACUGAAAACUAUGAAUAACAGUGUCCCAUUAUUUUCUGUUGACGUCUCUAAUGCACGCAAAUCUAAUAAAAGGACUGUUAAAGGGCUGUGAAAGAGAUUGGAUAAGUUGUUGGUAGGAUAAGAUCGUAGCUAUUCUGAGUCACUAUGACUUGAGGUGGCAAAAGUCAUCUGUUUGUGCUUGUGUCAUUACUUUAAUAGAAGAGAUUCUUCCAUAGUUGAAAGGUUGAAAAUAUAUCGAUGAAAAGCAAAACAAUAGUUUUCUGAAUGCAAAAUCCUUCGUACGCUUUAAUCUUUAGUUCAGUAUAUAUGUCCUAUAUUUGUACGGGUACUUCAAGGAAUGGCGUCAAAAUCCACGGUGGUCGCUCUCCUUCAUCCUGGCCCCGCUCCUCCCCCUCAGUGGCCUGCAGGCGGAAGUGACCGGUAAAGUUGAGACGAAUGUCCUUGAUAAUCAGCUGCAAACAGGAUAAGUGGCGAUGCCCACUCUUGUAGGUGCGGUAAAGGACAGCCGCAGUGGUGUCGUUGAUGUUACACUCGAGGAAGGUGAACAGUAACAAAAACCAUGUCCAGGGAAGGUGAAGAAAUUGGUAAACACAAGAUCGCUAAGGUGUUUCGCGAUCGUAGUAGCCAGACGAGGUUGCGUUCACAAUCUAUCUCUAUCUCUCUCUCUAUCUCUUCACAUUUCCAAUUCCAAGUAAGUGGAAAACGAGCGCAAAUGUUUUAAGCUAAUUUUACAAAGCUAUUGUUCAUUAUAACUGAGCUACACUGACAGUCUCCUUCAUAGGAGAAAGCAAUUUAAAACUUUAGCAUGGAGGUUACGCAUACUCUUUUCUAGGAACUAGGGAAGGAGCGCCAAGGAAGACUUUUUCGUUGAUUGAUGUAUGUCUUCACUAAACAUUUUUUGUGACUCAUGUCAUAUUAAUUAAUGUUCACCUCUCCUUUUCAGAUUUUCGUUAUCCACGCAUAUACACCCGUCAAAGGAUUCUUUACAAAACGAUGUAAUCUAGUAGAGUAUCUCUAUCUAAUCCGAAGAGCUAAUGAUAAUUCUAUCACUUCAAGAGACUUUAACCCUUUAACUCCCAAGAUCUGAUUGUUAAUUCUCCUCUCUCGCUGCUACACAUUUCCUUUUAAAUUGGUUACGAGAAUUUGGUGUUAGAUCAUAAUAAUGACUUCUACCUGAUAAGUUUGGGUAUUCUCAUUACCUGUUUGCAAAAUACUGUAUAGUUAUAAUAGGGAGAAGUUACAUGUUAAUCACUUCUGGAAGUUAAAGGGUUUAAAGUUAUUUAAUUAAGGCAAACACAAGGUAACUGUUAGAUAAUCCUUACGUAGUACAUGUGAUGUUAUUCGUAUGUUAUGCAUGUAAUGUUUCACUAUCUUCGAUUGCUGAAAGGUGAAUUAGCGCAUUGAAAUCAAAAUUGAUUUCCUUCAGGCUCUGCUCACUGAACUACAAGUCUGCUGUCAGGUGACUAACGUGGACGCUAUUUUAGUCCCCUAAAUUUCUCAUUUUCCAAUAUAUACGUCAGCAACUGAAAUUAGAUUCAUGAAACAGGGACGCAUUUUGGAACAAAAAUCAUGGCAAUAACUGGUGUCGGUCGCAAAGGUACAACGGACGAUUACUGGUCAUUCUGAUUUUUCGGUCAUUGCUAACGUAAUUUAAUUUUAAUUGCGGUCAUUAAAGCAUCAUCCUAGGCAGACCCUUGCAAAAGUUUCAUCAAAACUGCAGAAACGUGAAGAUAUUGGCUUAAACGCACAACAUUGGAGUUAUAUCAAGGUGAAAAAAUUAAUUUUGAUUUCAAUCCAUGCCAGCCUUUUUAAUUUUCUCAAACACACUUGCAAGUGCAAUGACGAUGUGCAAUUUUCGAUUGAAUGUCGAAAAUAAUCCGAGAUUUGCCUCGCUACGCUCUGUGAUUGGUCCAGAAAACUCUCGCUCCUUUCACAACCAAUCAGAUGCAACGCUAAACCCAAUCGUGACUUGUACCCUCGCGCGAUUUAUGUAGUCAGUCGUUUUUGCAUGCAUUAAUUUUUAGUUUUUCGUGCAUAUAUAUAGUCGCGCUAGUCGCAGUUCGCUUUCAAGCAGCUCCUUCAUUCUUUUUUUCGUCUUCGGACAGUAUUUUUUCGUUAAGCGCAGUUUUGCAGUAACCGUAACAAUGUAAGUAUUGUCGUUUCAAGUUGGCUCAGUGCAGUUCUUUCCUAUCACCCUUACUUAAUUAAUUGCUGUAAUUUUGUAUUUAUUUAUUAUUAUUAUUAUUAUUAUUUUUAAGUUUCAACCCACAUCAUUCAACGUCAAUAAAUCGCCUAUUUUACCAGUAAUGGUGGUGUUGAGAAGUUACGAUUGCCGCAGUCACAGUGUGUCAAGAAAUAUUGCGCUAGAAAGCGAAUGGAAUGUAUGCUCCAAAAUUAUAUCAGUAUUAGGGAAAACUGUAUUGAUCAUACUCGAUUGUCUGGUGAUCACGGAAACCGAUCACGAGUCUUACGUACGUAAAAGCUGGUUUAGCUUACGGCGAAGGCACUUUAAAGGUAUGUUAUUGUAUUUGUAUCAGUGCAAAGCAGAUGCGCCUUUCCUUUUUGCAAAGGAUGUCACAAUGGUGUGGCUGGCUUCGCUACGUAUUUUCACCGCUAUCUCUACAGCUGCCCUUCAGAAUGUUUCGCAGUUUCCCGGUUACUAGGCAAUUUUACAUCAGCUCAAGUACGGUCCUUCAUUUUGGACUUUAAUAAUCCUUUUGACCGUCGCCUUGCUUCGAUAUGUCAAGCUAUUUUUUUCAAUUCUUUGUCUCCUUGGGGCGUAAUUGCUUGCUAGAGAGUUAUAUUCUCAGAACUUUGGUUGAUGUAUCUUUAAAUUACACCAGGUUGAACUCUUAAAAGCAGAAAUAUCCCAUUUACAUUUUGUCUACACCUAAACUGUCAUUGUUCGUGUUUUUUAUUGCUACCUUUAUCAAUCUCAUGACUGCCCUUUUAGCCCUGAGUGUGGAAAUCCGCGAGAUGCAUAAAACAGAUCGAGCUAAGAACUCGAUCGAUUUGGAUACCAUAAACGGACUGCUGCAGGUCUUUGGUACAACCACUUUUAGAAUUAAUUUAAUGAGAUUCGAGUAACGCUGUCGGCAAGUUUACAGUUAGGUUUUCUGUUUGAUGUCAUUCGGACCUUUUUAAUCUUACUGAGUUUAUCCGAAUCAUUCCCACAACGGAUUGAGGUGUCGAGGUUGUAAAAGCCGAACUUCGUUUCCGUUUAACAGACAGGGGUAAGACUUCACCAGGUUGUGUAUGAUUUUUAUAGUUUGAGCCUCUCUGUCAUAAAUUUACUCUUUCAAGUGUUUUUUAUUGUUUUCGGAUUUUCUUUGAUUUUUGGUGGUGUGUGAAACUCUGCUACAACUACCAAGGAUUGCUAACUUUAAUUUGAAUACUUCGCUGCAGUGAACUGCCGUCCUACGUUAGUUCAAAACUUACCUUAAUAUGCUGACGAAUUCACAAAAGAAAAGAAAGAUCAUUUAACUAAAAAGAAAAUAGAAAUAAUGAAAUUUAUCAGUGGACAUUCUACGAUGUGGCUCUUCUUGUUCACUUACACAAAUUGUCAAUGAACAGUGCUAGUAAAUAUAGAAUUUAAAAAUCUCAACUGGCCGGAGGUAAACCCAUUAGCUAUAGAAAAAGUGUGGCCGAGGAGUUGAACGCGAGCCGGCGUCCACAAAGCCAGGAUCGGACCGGAUCAGACCACGGACCGGAUUGCGGAUCAGAUCACGGAUCGGAUCACGGAUCGAAUAAGUAAAUUUUGAAAAAUAAAAAAAUCAAAUCGUUUAUCAAAUAACAAUACUUCAAAACUAAGAGUAGAAAAACUGAAAUAGAUUACUUGAAAUCGAUAAGCUCCGCUGGAAGUUUUUUUUGCCACCAAACCACAUGCGGUCACUUUCAAUUCAAGGACUACAUAAAUCGCUUUCGUGCACUUCAGUACUCAUUUCUAUAACAAUCUUACUCCUCACGUCGCCUCUUUCGCCCCAUGUAAGGUAAUCCAGGAUAAUAUUAGAUUCUGGAUUCCACGCUGUGGAUUCCGGAUUCCAGGUGCUGGAUUCCGGAUUCUACUUGUGCACAUUCCGGAUUCCAAAACACAAAAGAUUCCAGAUUUUAGUUGCUGGUUUGCUCCUAAUUUUUACAUUUCGUUUUCUAGGAAUGACUUCAAUGGCGGAUUUCGUAAUUGAAGGACAUGUUCUGUGAAUGCAUGUUUGUCUAUUCAUAUUUCCAUAACAACAUUUGAUAAUUACAAGAAAUAUAUUACAGCAAAUCAAGGGAUAAAUUUUUCUUCUAGGAAUACCUGUUGAGACUGUCUGACUCUUAACUCCAAUGUCCAUUCAUUCCAAAUUUUUUCAGCAACUCUGAAGAGGCCUACUAUAUUUCUUUCAUUCAGGUUCCUCGAGGUUCUUCAAGUAAUUUAGCGGUAUCAAAAGAACUAAUAGUUCAAAUCAUUGCUCAUCAUUUUUAAUUUGUAAAUAACUGUUGGACUGAAAAAGAUGUUUUAGCACAGCAUAACAUUGUUCCGACUGGGAAAAGGUGGCCAAUUUUUGUAAUCCAAAAUUGACUUCAUGGAGAACUGUCAACAAAACAGCUCGAAAAUACUUCCCUAUUAUCUCAAAUUACUUUUUUAACUUUCCUUUUCAACAAAAACCAUAGUAUUUACGAAAAAUACUGAAAUAUAAUUUUAAUAACACCCUGUGUAUCUCGCAAGUGAAUCGCAGACUGUGACUAAGAAAAACUUGUUUUCCUAUAUGUAAUUGGCAAUGAUGUUUGACACUAUGAGAUUACACAUAAAACGGUGUUCAACCAACUAAACUAUACUUAACCCUUAGCAAAAUCGCAAAAGAUCUGCAUUUACACGGUAAUUUUCCAAGAAUAAAAGAUUCUCUUUUCUGUACUUCCUUUUUUCUUUAUAAGGUUAGUCAAGUCAAGUCAAGUCACUUACGUCGGCUAUGAAUUCUACAGAACAAUGACUCUAAAGGUUUAAAGUGGCCUACCAAUAUUUUCCUGUUUGAUCCUUAAAUCUGGUAAUAUCUUAUUUAUUUUAUUUGCACCGAGAUAUGAUGCGUUAUGAAAUCUUAUAUUUUGUCAUUCCGAAUGCCAAAUAUCAAAGAAAGCGGUUUAUAUUCGAAUAACGAAAUUUUGACCUAGAAAUAGGUAAAAUUGGAACUGUUUCCAAUUUUUGGACACUGCGUGGCAAAAUUUUAUGAGGUUCUUUCGAGCUCUCGUUAUCUGGCAAAACAAAAUCGCGGGGUCACGUUUCUCAAGCUCAUGCAGAUUAGCCCCACACGGCAAGAUGUAAUUUGUGUGGACCGUGACUCUGAUUUAGAGGUAAGGAAUGUGCUGUGUGAACGAAGCAAAUGAUUACCAGGAUCUUCACAAGAAAGCCAAAAAAAUUGCCGCAAGCUAAAAUCAAACUUUACUAAGAAGGUUUUUGAAUCGGGGUAGAAGACUGAUUGGUAGUCACUGAGUAGGGAACUUUGGCCAUGUCAGUUUUGAAGUCGAUUGGGUAAUAGGUCAUGAAUGAAUUUUUCAGUCUCGCAAGCUGUAACAGUCGAAAUUCUCCGGCGAACAAAGCGCGGUCUGCAUGGUCUGUAGUCUGCAUUUUAGCAUGAUCGUGGUUGCAUGGAUGCGAUGCGCGUGAAAGCCGUUAAUGCGAUUUGAAAUGAUUUUCAGCGAAUGAAUUCUGGGUUCAUUCUCUAGCGGGAUUCUGGAUUCCAAAAGCUGGAUUCUGGAUUCCAAUGCCCAGUAUUCCGGAUUCCACAAGCAAAAAUUUCCUGGAUUCCGGAAUCCGGAUUACCUUACAUGGGGCGACCUCUUCUAUCGCGUGUGCUGAGUGACAUCGAAUAAAGGAAAAGCAGUGCGUGUCAUGGUGUUAAAAAAUGGUAAGAAUAACUCACUGAUGAAAUGAUACGUACCUCUCGCUUACCUCCUUCUAUGGCGGCAUUACACAACAAUCCUCGACACAGCCUUGAAAGUGACUACAUGGGGCUUUGGGGCAAAAAAAAAUUCCAGUGGGGCCUGCGCUCCAUUAUGUUACGCAGACUUUGCUCUGGCGUUAUUUUCGUUUUUUAUUCUUGUUUUCUGUAUUAUUAUUUUAUAAAAGAUUUGAUGUUUUAUUUUCAAGACUCUUCUUUUUUCGAUUCUUGAUCCAAUCCGUGAUCCAAUCCCAUAUCCAAACCGUGAAGCGAUCGGUGAUCCGGUCCGUAACCAGGUCCGUGAUCCGAUCCGUGAUCCGGUCCGGUCCAGAUUUUAUCGACGCUAAGCUCAAGCAAUCGAGAACAUAUCAGGUAAGGUGCCGGGUUGAGGACUUUAACCCGGAACCCAGCGCCUUAAUUACGAUCUUAAUUGGUUUUUGGCGCUGACUAGCUGGCUAAUCAGCCGUAAUUUUGGCGAGCGAGUGCUCAUUAUUUUCUCAACGAAAAUCAUGGCCACCAUCUUUGAUUUGAAUGGCAGCGGAAGGCUGGCGAGAGAGGAAUUUGUACCAAGGGGGCGGUCGACGGUCGAAAAUAAGGAGAGGGGUAGGGGUGGGGGAGUGAAGAUUCUACGAAUUCAAACAUAGCCGGUCUUAAAAACGAUCGCAAGCUUAUAACCUUAGCUCGUACUCAAGCCGGCGACACACCUGGCGAUUUUACUUGCCAAUCGUGACAAAUUUAUUCGCCAAAUUUAAUCCGGCAUGUCAGAUAUCGGCGAUUUUAUACGCCGAUCGCGGCGGUCGGUGAAAAUUGCGAUCGGACGCACCUGGGGAUUUUCGCCGAUCGCUGCGAUUGGCGUAGAAAAUCGCCAGUUGUGUCGCCAACUUUAUAUGUCACCUGCACGGCAGGCAAGGUGCUGAUCGAAGCAAAAAAUUUCCAAUAAUUUACAACAACGCCGUCGUCAGAUUCACUGCCUAAAUCGUGGUAUCGAGAUUUUCAUCCAAAACGAAUCUCUUGUGUUUUAAAAGGACCUUAUCAAUUCCCGUGAGUUUCUUUGAAAGCUUUCCAUAUCGGACUGAGGUGGUAAGGUCGUAAAAAGGCUGCUGACAUCGCUUCCGUUUUCACAACAGAGGUGCGAAGUUUCACAGGUUUGUGUGAGGUUUUUGUAGACUGUGUAAAUAUUCUUUUCGUGAGCUUCUCAGUAGUUGUUUUCUCCUCCAAGUUUUUUUUCAACUUACGCUAAUUCUCUUUGAUUUCUGGCCAUGAAGGCGCUGAAUCACAACUGCCGAGGAUUGAAUCUGGCGUUGGGUGAACUGGCGCCUCGAGUUACUUCUAAGCUAAGCUUUUAUCUUACUCUCACAGUUGACGAAUUCUUCCAAAAGGCACAGGAAUACUAAACUGGUAUCGAUCAAGGAAAAAACGAGUGAUUCCUAAGUGUUUUAUGGAAAUUUCAAGGUAUUGCUUUAAUUUUGUUUUUAGUGCUGAGCAAAGCACUUUCACUCUAUUUUCGAAAUUGGAAGUGCUUCGAUCAGCGCCAAUCACCAAAUUAAAUAUGUAUGAUUUUUUGUGAUUAUUGUUGUGGACCUCAUUUAAGAUAAAGGUGUGAUCACAAUUUUACCAUAAUAAUAAUAAUGAUAAUAAUAAUAAUGAUAAUGAUAAUGAUAAUAAUAAUUUGUUAAAAAAAAAAGCUACAGGUAAUAAAACCGUUAUUAAACCGUUGUUAUUAUCAUUAUUAUUAUUGAAUUUAUUUGUACAUGAAGACAGCUACAAGGAUUAUUUGAUAUUUAAAAAACAAGCCAUUUUUAUUAUUAGGAGAAUUAAAGUUAGCAUCAAAGACAAAUCAAUUUUGUGCACAAAACAAUGUAAAUAUGAAAAUUAUGAUUGCAAAAACAAUUUGUUAAAAUUAUAUAUACUAAUAAACCACAAAUGUCUUCACCUGUACCAAAUUGAAAUUCCUUUCAACAUACAUCAGCAUACAUGUACAUAUUUCACUGUUUUUCCAGCAAUAAGUGUAACAGUUGAACUAACACUCACCUAUACGAAUAUGGGUGUCAGCUCAACUGUAGGAAAUUGAAUUAAAGAAAUAUAUCUUUUAUAAGUUUUGACCAGUAAUCCCUAUUUAAAAAUCAGAUAAGAGAAUUUUUCUUUGGUGUUGUAAAAUUUGUUUCUUAUGAGAAAGGAUUUGCCAUAAACUCUCCCCUCUUGCGAAGACAUGGCGGUCUUAUGAUUAGUGAGGUGGACUCAUGGUCAAGAGGUCUGCAUUUGUAGCCUGGCCUGGCCUGUGCUGGACUCAGGGUAAAGAGGUCUGGGUUCCAGUCAAUGUGUUGUGUUCUUGUGCAAAACACUUUACUCUUACAGUGUCUGUCUCCACCCAGGAGUAUAAAUGGGUAGCAAAAAUUAGUUAGGGAAACCUGAUAAAAUGCUAGGGGGGGUGGAGUAAUGGUGGAAUGGACCUGCAUCCUGUCCAGGGUUGGGUAGUAAUACUCCCCGUUGCUUUAUGUGAGGAAACCAGGAUUAAUUAAAGUUCAGGCCCUGGACAGGCUGCUUUUCAAAUCCAGAUGUGACCAAACUACCUACCACCUCUUAGUUUAAAUGAUUUAAAUUGCUGCUGUUACAAAUUAUACGAACUUGAAACACACAGAUAUUGAUUUUUGCCCAAUUUAUUUCAGUCAAUUGCAUAGGAAUGUCUUUAGUAAAUCUUGAAAUUUAUUGUAAUGAGAAGUGAAUUACUGUUCAUUUAAAUAUUAAUGCUUGUUUUCUAUAGUAUAUAUAUCUUUUGUUCUUUUACUGCUUUAAACUGCUUUAAAUAUGCUAUUCAUAUUAAUUGCUUGUGAUUUUGUGUUUAUGUUAAUCCCUCCCAUUCUCAGAGGGGAAAAAAUAUUUAGUUUACAAUUGAGUGAUAUGUUGAGCUAAAUUUGUUACCACUUGCAACCAUCUUUUUUUCAGGCCAGAUUGACUUAAAACAGUUAUUUUUUGAAAGAAGUAUCCCCUUACAGUUGCUAUGGCUAAAGAAGGAAGUCCAAUUAAGGUUCCAUCUGAAAAUGAAGACUUACCUGACAAAGAAAAUGCUCCAGAUUUUGACGAGGACACUUUACGAGGUGAGCUAGGUUCAACUUUGGCUUCACUCACUGUUAAAACGUUUUCUAUUCCACCAGUUUCAAGAAUAUAGGCAGAUGUGGAGAACAAUAUUAAUACACUCCCUUGCGAACUGAAUUCCCAGUUUUCUGGGAAUUCCUAGGAAUUCCUAGGAAUUCUCAAAAAUUCCCAAUUAUGCAAAUUAACUCUGAUUUAAAAAGCUUGGAAUUGCUGGGAAUUUCUGGGAAAGGAAGACUCCAGUUUUGUGAGGACUUGGCAUUUCUACCUAAAAUUUAAGAAGGGUGGAAUUCUUAGGAAUUUGAGGCAAUUUAAAUACCCUGAGGUCCACAUAAAUCCAAAGAAAUUCUCAAUACCUUGAAUGUGAAGGUUUUAAGAAAAGGAGUAAUUUCAGAGGCUUAAAACUUUGGCUCAAUAAAAGGUAUGCUAUACAAAACUUACCAAGAGAUAUACAUACAUUUAUAUUUAAAGAUCAUGAAAUUUGUUAUUCAAACUAAGUUUUAGUAAAUCUCUACAUUAAUAUGGAUUUUCUCAUGAACCAACAGUCAAUUAUGUUAAAUGGAACCAAUUAAUCCAAUGUCCUCAUAUCACAGAUUUGCUUUCUAACCUCAAAGGACUCUUGGAUUCCAUGAUCAUAAAAUAUUUUUAUUGUGAUGCAAAUUAAUGUCUCAUGUUCACUGAUGUGCCAGAAUCAUCAACAUUCAUUAGCUGUUCCUUAGUACACAACUUCCACAAUAAUUAACAAUAAUUACAUUGUUAUCUACACUUAAAGAACUUUGUUAGUUAUGAACAUAAGUUACUUCCCUAACCUACAUUACUGGUUGCCUUUGUUAGAAAACCUUGUGGCCCUGAUUAUAAAUAUUUAAGCAUGGUAAAUACAUUAGCCUUAACUUGGCUGUUUCUCGAAGCUCAGUGUUUUCCUACAUGCCUUUUUCACGUGAAACGAGGCGAUUGAAUAUACAUAAAAUACACUAAAAGAACUACAGCAGAUGGAAAUUUAAAAUUUCUUAUCUAAAGGCUGUGGAUACAAACUUAUUAAUGACUCUAAAAAUAUAAAAAUCUGAAACGAAAUUUUUUUAGUGUUGCUUAGCUUUUCAUUUUUCCGGAAUCGAAAGUCGAGAUUGCAAAAUUCAAGUGAAAAGCAAACCGACUGUGAUUAAUGCCUUAAACAAGUCAAGAUACUGUUUUUCGUUAUACAACAAGUUACUUAUCGCAAAUAUCAUUCUUCUUGAUGCCUUUCCCGGUGUCACCGAUGCCUUUCCCGAUGCCUCUGUUGGUUAAUAUAGCAGUAAAAAUAUUGUUCCAGUCAAAGCGUUUGGAAAAUUGCUUAACUUUUGAAUUACCGAAGUAUAACCUGGUAACAUUUUGGCUUUACAACACGAUUGUUUUUUGCAAGUUACAAAACGUAAAUUUAAUUUUUCUUAGUGCCUUUCCGAAUGCAACCGAUGCCUUCCCCGAUACCUGCAUCGUUUAAUAUAGCAGUAAAAGAUAUAUGUGCCAUCAACACUUUUGAAAAAUUGUUUCACAUUUUAUUGAGCGAAGUAUACUGUUCACAUUUCGGCUUUACAACACUAUUGCUUUCUGAAACUACAACUGAUAUGUCUCUAUAUGAAGAAUUAAAUUUGUUUUCCCGCUGACCACUUGUAUUUCGGUCAUUUCUUCCUGCCCCUCUCGUCGCCCGUGAUGUAGUAACUCCCUUAACACUGCAAUCGGCAAGCCAGCGGAUUCACUUUGCUAGCCAAUGACAAGUCUUAAAAGAUCCACGUGAUCAUGCCCGUGAUCGGAAACAAAGAAGACUCCAUUUGGCGCUCAUCUUUGAAUGUACUUUUCAUCGGUUGAUCGUUUUUCUCAACUGUUUUGCUUAAUAUAACAUUUCUUAAGAUAGCUUUUAUUGUGGUUCAGUGGAACAGCGUGAGUGUUGUAAAAGAAAAGAAAGUCGUUGGCGCCGUGGAGUUAAAAGAAGGGACAACAGUCAACAUAUUGACUAGUACAAACAAGGGUCGAGAGGCCAUCUGUAAAGCUACGAUUUUGAAAGUUUGUGGUGAGUAAAAAUUGCGAUAUUCGUUACGUGAUCAAAAUCUCAUAAAAGAAUAGAUGUAGCGGGUUGAAUUAUGCUUACAUAACGCUCGGCGCAACUGAAACUAGAAUAAUUCUGAAAAUAGAAUCGGUCACUUGCAUGCCGCAGUUUCUUAAGCUUAUGCUUUACAAUAAAUAAUAAUACAAUAAAUAAAUAAACCUAUCAGUAAGGUUUCAAGAUUCCUCUAGUCACGUUUGGGAACAUUCAAGAUUCAUAAUAGGAACUGUUAUUAAACAAACCUUAUUACAUAAAGAAGCCCUCAGUGGUAAAAACAAAAUAAUGUAUUCAACCCUUUUUUAGUAAAAUCUAUGAAAGAGAUGUACUAACUCUAAUAUAAAAGUCACUCAGUAUAAGAGAGAUUUCUCAAUUUGAGAAUCCAAUGAAUGCCCUUUUCCUCAUAGCCAUCUUAAAGGCCUGGUCUGAGCUUUAAAUAUAUAUAUUUAAAUAUAUAUAUAUUUUUCAAAUUCAGAUGUCAUGGAAUCCAGAUACAAAAUGGUCAAGCUUCUUGUAGACAACCUCAUUCAAGGCCAACUCAUUGUGAGCUCAGGAAAAAAAAUACAAACAGCAGCUAAGUUUGCAGUUUAGGAUAACUUCAUUCUUAUUUAUUGUUACAGUUACAACAAGAUUUUAAUCAAAAAAUCAAUUUUAUUUGUCUGUAAUUAACCCCUUCACUCCCAAGAGUGCUUGGUUUUCAAAUAUAAUUUAAGAUAUUAUAUUUUAUGGAAAAGAAUCAACAGAUUUUAUUCACAAUUUGUGUCAAACCAAAUUUAAUGAUUGAUUAGGACUAUUUUAUACGAAUAGCUGUAAUUGAGGAUUAUCUGUAUGAAGUUUUCAAGAAAAGAAAAAUAAAUCAAAUUCCAUCCUAAUAUUACCACACAUUGAUGUUGAUAAUUAAUCAAAAAUAUUUUACAUGUAAGCCUUAAUUAAGCUUCCAAAUAAAAUUUCAUUGAAUACUUGAAUUUUAGCUGGGCUUUUUUAAUUUAAAGUAUUUAUUUUAUAUCAUUAGCCUCAAAUUUUUGCUUAAAAUUCCCAGUAAUUCUUGAACAUUCCUAAAAAUUCCCAAAAAUUCCCAGAAAUUCCUAGGAAUUUUUUAGAUUUACAGCUUUUCAGGGAAAGUCAUUGGUUCUCUGAGUUGGAAUUCCGAGUCCUGUUGGCUAUAAACUUGGAAUUUCUGGGAAUUUCUAGGAAUUUCUAGGUUUUUAGAACCAGGGUUGUUAUGGUUGGGAAUUCCCAGUCCGAGUUUACCGUGAAAAUUCACCCCUUUAUUCCUAGGAAUUCCUAGGAAAGAAUUCCUAGGAAUUCCAAAAGCCAUUUCGCAAGGGCUGAGUGCAUGACCACUUUAAAGGAUAUUUGGCCAGUCAUGACUAUCUUUAUCAUUACAAUAUGUUGUUCAUUGAGAGGGUCUAUGACAUAUUUGUUAUUUUCUUUUCUCAAAGUUCAAAGCAAAUACACAAAGUCAUAAUAACUAAAGACUUUAUUUGAUCAUCAUAUAACAUCCAUUUUGUAAGUUUCCAUCAUAAGUACCAUCAUCAUCAUCAUCCUCAUUAUAUUAUGCAACAAUCAAUUGAAAGUGUCAACAUCCCCCAAGCAACCAAUUUCCAGUAGAGUGCAAGUGUUAUAUCAUUGAAUAUGGAGGUGUUUAACCCUUGACACCUUAACAUCAGUAUCCAUAUUCUCCAUACUAUUCUUUGUAUGUUUCUUUUGGUACUGAAAACGAGAAUUCAUUUGAAGAUCAAUGCUUCUUAGGUUGGUGAUCAUUUCCUUUAUUCUCAUGAGCUUAGUGAAUGAUUCAGCAGUAUUACUGUAAGGAGAAGUGAGAUGCUGGUCACUCUUAGGGUUUAAAGGGUUAAGGUAGUGUAGUGGUUGUGAGUGUUCAAGUCUACCCUCCUCACCCCUCUUGUUUGUAGUAUAUUGGAGCAUGUAUGUUGUGAUGUUGAUAAUUAAAACAAAGUGUUGGAUUCCUUUCAAAGGUGUUGUUUUCUGUUUGUGUUAAAUCCGUAAAUACACUAUAGGUUGUAGUGAACUUUCUCUAACAAAUGGCUGAGAAGAAAAAAGUCUACAAGGUCUAGGUUUAAAAGCUUGGUCAAUUAGUUGAAACUCAGGUUGCUAAUUAUUUUGUUUUUUUGAAUAAAAAUUGUGUGGGGCAUUUGAACACAUUAUUAAUUUUGCCUGUGGAAUAGAAAUUUUAGGAAACCUAUCUCCAAAAGUUUAAAUGCCCAGGAUUUUUGUUCAAAUAGAGUGAUGCUCAAUUCUCAUCAUUAUUAUUAUCCCUGUUGUCACCUACAUUAUUAACAUCGGCAAAAGUGAACAAUAGCUCCCAUGUUCGGCUGUCGGUAACCUGUCGGCCAACUGUCGGCCGACAAGAUACCGACACAUUACCGACAGCCGGCCGACGGUGUUAACCAGACCGUACGUACCAAUUUUUGUAUUUACCUACUUUCUAACUUGUAUUUUUACACUAAAAUAGGCUUGUUUGCUCGGUAGCAAAAAGGAAGUUUUUCAAUUGCCCUAUAAUGCAUUGCGAAACCAUAGUUUACAAUACUUCAUGUGUGUCUGAUUAAUCUUUCUUUUCUUGUGACAGGUCGCGAUCAUCGCCCUUUUUGGCGUAUUGUGGCAAUUAAAAUAUUAAAGUAUACCUUUUUUUUGGCGUUUCAUUAGACUUCAUUCGGGAGUGUUUUGCCUUUCUUUUUUAACCAUCUGCGUGCUACGUGCACAUUCCCGCCAGGAUGCUUGCAAGACGGGAUCGGCCAAAAACGUGAAAACGCUUUGAAAACUCUGUAUAAGAGCAAGUAACUCAAAAUGAUUCAUGAAAUCGAACCAAUAUGGGCAUGUUUCGCUAGCCAACGCAAGCAAGUUAGGCAAUAGCCAUACUAACUAUCUCUCUGCAAUUAAUUUUUCCCGUUUCGACGUAGUUGUUGAAGCGAUAGAUUAGUAACUGCGAUCAUUUCAGCACAAGACUUACCGACACAUUACCGCCGGGUCACCGACAGGUUACCAACAGACGGCCGACACUUUAGUCUGCAACAUUACGAAAACUGUCGGCCGACAGUUGGCCGUCUUGACCGUUCGAAUGAUUUAUUCACCCGUUCGAACGGUUUGCCCGUCCGUUCAAAAUUUUUACUCAUCCGUUCGAACGGCUGACCAAACCGUUCAAAUAAUUUAUUCACCCGUUCGAACGGUUAGGCAAACCGUUCGAACACUUCAAGGACCGUUCGUUAACCAUUCGUCAUCUGUGCGUUUUUGCCGUUCAAACGGUUUUCCGUUAGUCUCCGCUUUGCCUUUCACGGUCAUAUUUUUCUAUGAGUAACAUUGCUUCUGGUUUUUAUGAUUGCAAAAUUUGGAUCUUAUUGCCUUAUUAACUAGCUAUCUAAAUGUAUUAAAGGCAGUAGACUCUUCUACACUAAUAAUAUGCCGACUCUCCCUGAUUGCCAGGGAGUCUCACAGACACAGAAUAAGACUCUGGGUCUCCCUUGAACCUUUAAGAUAAAAGAGGAUUUGGGUCAGUUCCACACAGAAACAUAACAUUUGAACUCCAGAUUUCCACAUCUAAUGUUAUCUUGCCUUUUCUUAAUAUUAGGGUUCUUAUCUUAGUUUUCUUGAUUGCACUUAGAUUGUUUCAAAGUAGAGAUUACACUUUCUUCCAAACAACAACCACAACAGCAACUGAGUCUGAUUGGUUGAGCUUUCAACCAAAACAUCUCUCAUGAAUUUACUGAAUGGGGUGUGUCCUGUGAAGGGGGGGGGGGGGGGUCUGUACACAUCCUCUAAGCUUUUCAUGGGAUGGGUCAAGUCAGGCAGGUGCAAAAGUGGAAGCUGGCACAAAAGGAAAAAUCUGCAGAUUUUAAAUCUCCAGAUCUUGGCAGCUCUGCUCAUACACUAAUUAACUACAACCACAGACUUUGACACAAAUUAUUUUUCAUUUUUUCUUUGCAGCCGCAGCUGAUGUUUACAGGAAUGAGGGUAAUGAGGCCUUCAAGAAAGGAGAUUUCAUCAAUGCUAUUCAUUUUUACACCAAAGGAAUUAAAAUGAACUGCAAUGAGGAAGAACUGAAGGCCAAACUACACAACAACAGGGCUAUUGCACAUUUUAAACUUGGUAAGAUGAUGAGAGCUUUAAUUUGCAUUUUUUUUUUCUUUUGAAGCUAUUGAGUUGUCAUCAGUAGUUUUCUGAGAUAGGUGAUGAUUUUUAAUGCAUGCUCACAAAAAUUUACAUCUUAUCUUGGCCUCUCAAAUAUACAAAGAAGUAACCUCUUACCCCAGAUAUCAGUGAGCAUCGCCAGUUUUUCCCAAAAUUAUUGUAACGGAGUGGUGGUUGGUUUGCUACAUGUAUGGCUAAUCAGAGAUAUUUAUUUUAAUAACAGGAAAUCACCAGGAUUCGCUAAGGGACGCAGAAGCAGCCAUUGAGUUAAAUCCAACUUUCCUUAAGGCAAUUGUUAGAGGUUAGAUAUGUUAGCUGUGUUAUAAUAAUAAUAAUAAUAGUAAUAAUAAUAAUAAAAGAACUCAACACUCUAAGGUUAAACGAGAUUAAAUAAAAUUCAAUCUUGUCUCAAUUGACUUUUAAAUUAAGAGGUCGAGACCACCUUGUUGUACAUUUGAAUCCAGCUCUUGACUGCUAUGCAACUACUUUCCAUUAAUUAUAAUGAGCAUAUUAUUUUGAGCUGGAGGAAGAACUCAAUGCGGAAUGCAAAGCAAAAUUUCAGCAUGAAUAUUUUAGUUCCUUACGUUCAAUGAGUCACAGGUGUCAGAUAUAUUUAGUCACUAUCUAGCUGUUUUAAAAAAGAAGUAAGGAUCAGGACUUACCUAACUCUUUAGGUAAGGGAUUGUUGGUCCCAAUUUAAAUGUUCUUAGAAGUUUCAGUUGUCUUAAAAGCUAAAUAAAUCUAACUGAAACCUGAUAGGGCCUGUUUAUUCCUUUCCAUUUUUCUUCUGGUCUGUAAUGAUUUUAAUGGUUUCAGGUUCUUUUCUCAGAAUUGAGCUACAGUAAUAAUAUGCUUCUUUAUGUUGUUGCCCAAAGGAGCCACUGCUUGUGUUGAAUUGAAGAGAUUUGAAGAAGCAAUCAAUUGGUGUGAUAAGGGACUAGCUGUAUCCUUUGAAAAAAUGUUUCAUUUUUAACCGUGUGUGUAACAGAAAAAAACCAUAAUUUGAUGUUUUAAGGGAGAAAAUACAAAGAAGGGUUCUAAUAAUGAUGGGAACUUGUCAACUCAUACUCAAAGUGGGUGUGAUUAAAAAACAUGGGAAAAGUUCCCUUGCGAAAUGGAUUUUGGAAUUCCUAGGAAUUCCUAGGAAUAAAGGUGUGAAUUUUCACGGUAAAUUCGGACUGGGAAUUCCUAGGAAUUCCUAGGAAUUCCCAACCAUAACAACUCUGGUUCUAAAAACCUAGAAAUUCCCAGAAAUUCACCUUUUGGGCUUUAGAUUUCACGUGUAGGCUUCCUCACGUUCUACAGCGAUUCGUGGGCACUAAUUUCCUGUCGGACGGGGAUUUAUCUGACAAUCUACGCACUAAACACACUGAAAAUACCUGAUCAGAUACAUCACUGUACGCAGAACUAGUUCGAUUAUUCCAUGCCACAGCGCUUCCAGUAACAUUCUUCGAAUCUGCUUCAACGGCAGCGAAAUGACAACUUGCUUAAUAAACGAUCAAAUAAAUGACAAAAGAAAGAUGUCAAUUUUGAGCGAAGAGACGCUUCUUGAAAGUGGGAAGUUAUCUAAGAAAAAUUUCCAAAGCCGAAGUUUGGAUACAUGUGCUGCGAGCUCGACUCAAUGUCCGAACUUUCGGGGUUUGUUUACAUCAAACAUCACGUGAUACUACACGUGAAAUCUAAAGCCCAAAAGGUGAAUUCCCAGAAAUUCCCAGAAAUUCCAAGUUUAUAGCCAACAAGACUUGGAAUUCCAACUCAGAGAACCAAUGACUUUCCCUGAAAAGCUGUGAAUCUAAAAAAUUCCUAGGAAUUUUUGGAAAUUUUCAGGAAAUUUUUAGGAAUGUUUGAGAAUUACUGGGAAUUUUAAGCAAAAAUCUGAGGCUAAUGAUAUAAAAUAAAUACUUUAAAUUAAAAAACCCAGCUAAAAUUCAAGUAUUCAAUGAAAUUUAUUUAGAAGCUUAAUUAAGGCUUACAUGUAAAAUAUUUUUGAUUAAUUAUUAACAUCAACAUGUGGUAAUGUUAGGAUGGAAUUGGAUUUAUUUUUCUUUUCUAGAAAACUUCAUACGGAUUAAUCCUCAAUUACAGCUAUUCAUAUAAAAUAGUCCUAAUCAAUCAUUAAAUUUGGUUCGAGACAAAUUGUGAAUAAAAUCUGUUGAUUCUUUUCCAUAAAAUACAAUAUCCUAAAUUAUAUUUGAAAACCAAGCACUCCUGAGAGUGAAGGGGUUAAUUACAGAUAAAUAAAACUGAUUUUUUUUUUUAAAUCUUGUAACUGUAACAAUAAAUUAGAGUGAAGUUAUCCUAAACUGCAAACUUAGUUGCUGUUUGUAUUUUUCCCUGGGCUCACAAUCGAUCGUACUACAAAUGCACGAUUUGUGGCCGAAAGUUGUCAAGGAAAGAAAGACUCGAAACUCACUUAAGUUGUGUUCAUGGCAAAGGUGAGAAAUAACACAAGCCAAUCACAGUUUUGAAUGCGACUACAAAUCGUCUUUUACCCUCAUAUUUAUAAAAGAAGGAUACCACAUUAGGAAGUAUAAGAGAUGCAUAGAUGAUCCCAGUCUACCAGUACCUAAAUCUACAAAGUUUGACCGUCGCAAGCGUUCAGCAACACGUUCCAACACCGCCAUCUCGAUUCCUCAGUCAGUCGUUUCCACUGAACUUAAAGCAGUGGUGACAACAGAGUAGAGUGCGUCUUACAAAGGAGAAACAUUUGUACAAGAGACAGAAGUAACUAUAUAAGAUUACAGAAGUGCGUUGGAACUCUGGUCCACAAACAGUUAUGCACUGUCCGAAGUAUAAAACAAUUUUGUUGAUAGCUGACAGACAGAGAAGAACAACAAGUAAACUUUAGAGCUGUUAUUAUUGAAGUGUGACUUGCGCUUUUCAUUUGUAUAUAAAGAAGGACUUGUAUUUUUCACUAAAAAUAAAAAGAUGUAAUAUUUUUUGGGAGAUCCAGUGAUUGGGACAUUUAAGAAAUUAAGUUAUGAAAGGAAACUUGGUUUGUACUUCUCACUACCAACAAGUCUUGUUGACAAAUAUUUUCAGAUCAGAGUUUCAAAUAAAAUAAAUUGAAGACGUCAUUUAAAAUGUGUUUUUUCUCAAAGGGAACAUUGACUACCUCUGUCUUGUCUGCAUGCCAAAUGUUUGCAAAGUGUGUGGAUGAUCCACAAGUAUUGGAACUCUUACAGAAAUGUUUCGUAAGAAUAAAAACAGCAGAACAAAUUACAGCAAUUAGUCACGAAAACAGAGCAAAAUAUUGAAAAAAAAACAACAACAAUCAUGAAAAAAGAAAGAUUAAUUAGGUGUUGAAUUUGUUUGUCUAAGGCAUGAAAUUUCUACUGAAAAUAAUGUCAACAAAAAGUCUCUGACAGUGUUUGAGGCAACUGAGCUUGACUGUUCCUAGGUUUUCUAACAAAGGCAACCAGUAAUGUAGGUUAGGGAAGUAACUUAUGUUCAUAACUAACAAAGUUCUUUAAGUUCAGAUAACAAUGUAAUUAUUGUGGAAGUUGUGUACCAAGGAACAGCUAAGGAAUGUUUCAUGAUUUUGGCACAUCAGUGAACAUGAGACAUAAAUUUGCAUCACAAUAAAAAUAUUUUUUGAUCAUGGAAUCCAAGAGUCCUUUGAGGUUAGAGAGCAAAUCUGUGAUAUGAGUACAUUGGAUUAAUUGGCAAUUUCCAUUUAAUAUAAUUGACUGCUAAUUCAUGAGAAAAUCCAUAUUAAUGAGAUUUACUAAAACUUAGUUUGAAUAAUAAAUUUCAUGAUCUUUCAGUUAUAAACAUAUACAUGUAUGUAUAUCUCUUGGUAAGUUUUGUAUAGCAUACCUUUUAUUGAGCUAAAUUUUUAAGCCUCUGAAAUUACUCCUUUUCUUAAAACCUUCACAUUCAAGAUAUUGAUAAUUUCUUAGAAUUUAUGUGGACCUCAAGGUAUUUAAAUUGCCUAAAAUUCAAUUCCCAGAAAUUCCCAGGAAUUCCACCCUUCUUAAAUUAUAAGUAGUUUGUAUAGCUGAGAAUUCCUAGGAAUUCCUAGGAAUUCCAAGUCCUCACAAAACUGGAGUCUUCCUUUCUUAUAAAUUCCCAGUAAUUCCUAGCUUUUUAAAUCAGAGCUAAUUUGCAUAGUUGGGAAUUUUUGAGAAUACCUAGGAAUUCCUAGGAAUUCCCAGAAAACUGGGAAUUCAGUUUGCAAGGGUCAUUUGCAUAAUUGGGAAUUUUUGAGAAUUCUUAGGAAUUCCCAGAAAACUGGGAAUUCAGUUCGCAAGGGUUAUUACCUUGCCAAUUUGACUUAGUUCUACUAUCCAUGCCAAUAACUGGUACAUUAGUUUAGAUAACCCUUUAACUCCCAGACCAAAUUUGUAAUUAUCCUUACUGUCAACUAUACAAUUUUUGUAAUGUUAGUUCAGAUAAUUCAGUAUUGGACCGACUAAACUGAUAUGUUUCUUUACUCUCAACACUUAUCUGAUUGAUAUUGUACUGCAAUUGUAGGGAAAAAUUCUCUCUUGGUCACUCAUGGGAGUUAAAGGGUUAAAAGACUAGUAUUCACCCAGUUUAUACAUGGUACGUGGGUAGAUCAGAUCUCUCUAAAAUAAGCCAGAACAAAAAGCUCGAUAAUGUUUACAUAUCCUAUGCAGAUUUUCUUGAAUUUAACCUUUUUGACUACUACAAGACCCGAAAACUUUCGUCGUGUUUUCCUAUGGACAAAUACAACUUUUAAAGGCACGUAUUUGUGUUGUAGACUUGUUUCUUCCAUUGCUGUAAAACAUUCGUCUGAUGUUAAAGCUAUACUAACUUAAAAAUUGAGCAGGUGCUCCCCAGUUUUUGGAAACAAGGGAUUAAAUCUAGAUAUUUCGCGUUGAAUUUUGAGACUGCACGCAAGAAAAAAAUUUUUUGAAGUGUAGAUUUACUUCAUAACUGACUGAAUGUUGAUAAAACAUCUACCUUUCACACAAGCUCUCCUAAUAGGCCAUUUUAUAGUUGUGUGCUUAGUUGCCAAGCCUUAGAUUUGGCGUGAGGCUGAAGGUGAGCUUUUUGUGAUAGAGACCAGUAUCUAGUGACAAUAAUAACAAAGUAAUUUGUAUUUGAAAAGCAGCAAUGUUUGUAUCAUAACAAGGUGACCCUUAGCCAUCACUCUUGUUCAGAGGCUUGCCAUCCAAGCACGCAACUGUAUCAAUGGACAUUUACAUUCCAAUAUGAUCAGGAAAAUAAUCUUUUCGUUUUGUCCACAUUUUUUAGUCCUUAACAUAAAAAAGAUUGACCAAAACAAUAGGAUCUUGUUGUCAUUAAGACUUCAGUCUAUCAGAGAAGUGGGAGAUAAGUCCAUGGAGGAAAAAGAUCCAAUUAGUCAUGACCGUGGUAGUGCAAGUUCAGGUAAUGUCAAGAAAGUCAUAGACUUCUAUCAUUGGGGAGAAGAAGCCAUAGAGUACCACAACCUACAUCUUAAAAUAGCUAAAGAAGUAGGAGACAAGCAUGGGGAAGGUAACGCGUAUGGCAAUCUUGGCAAUGCUUGUCACAGUCUGGGUGAUUUCAAAAAAGCCAUAGAGUACCACAACCUACAUCUUAAAAUAGCUAAAGAAGUAGGAGACAAGCAUGGGGAAGGUAACGCGUAUGGCAAUCUUGGCAAUGCUUGUCACAGUCUGGGUGAUUUCAAAAAAGCCAUAGAGUACCACAACCUACAUCUUAAAAUAGCUAAAGAAGUAGGAGACAAGCAUGGGGAGGGUAACGCUUAUGGCAGUCUUGGCAAUGCUUAUCACAGUCUGGGUGAUUUCAAGAAAGCCAUAGAGUAUUGCAACCUGCAUCUUAAAAUAGCUAAAGAGGUAGGAGACAAGCAUGGGGAGGGUGAGACUUAUAGCAGUCUUGGCAAUUCUUAUCACAGUCUGAGUGAUUUCAAAAAAGCCAUAGAGUACCACAACCUACAUCUAAAAAUAGCUAAAGAAGUAGGAGACAAGCGUUGGGAGGGUGGUGCUUAUGGCAAUCUUGGAAUGGCAUAUUUUUGUCUGGGUGAUUUCAAAAAAGCCAGGAAGUACCACAAACAACAUCUUAAAUUAGCUAAAGAAGUAGGAGACAAGCAUGGGGAGGGUAGUGCUUAUGGCAAUCUUGGCAAUGCUUAUCACCGUCUGGGUGAUUUCAAAAAAGCCAUAGAGUACCUAGACCUACAUCUUAAAAUAGCUAAAGAAGUAGGAGACAAGCAUGGGGAGGGUACGACUUAUGGCAAUCUUGGCAAUGCUUAUCAUAGUCUGGGUGAUUUAAAAAAAGCCAUAGAGUACCACAACCUACAUCUUAAAACAGCUAAAGAAGUAGGAGACAAGCAUGGGGAGGGUAACGCUUAUGGCAGUCUUGGCAAUGCUUAUCGCGGUCUGGGUGAUUUCAAAAAAGCCAUAGAGUACCACAACCUACAUCUUAAAAUAGCUAAAGAAGUAGGAGACAAGCAUGGGGAGGGUAAAGCUUAUGGCCAUUUUGGCAAUGCUUAUCACCGUCUGGGUGAUUUCAAAAAAGCCAUAGAGUACCACAACCUAGGUCUUAAAAUAGCUAAAGAAGUAGGAGACAAGCAUGGGCAGAGUAACGCUUAUGGCAAUCUUGGCAAUGCUUAUCAGAGUCUGGGUGAUUUCAAAAAAGCCAUAGAGUACCUAGAGCUACAUCUUAAAAUAGCUAAAGAAGUAGGAGACAAGCAUGGGGAGGGUAACACGUAUGGCAAUCUUGGCAGUGCUUAUCACAGUCUGGGUGAUUUCAAAAAAGCCAUAGAGUACGACAACCUAGGUCUUAAAAUAACUAAAGAAGUAGGAGACAAGCAUGGGGAGGGUAUGAGUUAUGGCAAUCUUGGCGAUGCUUAUCAGAGUCUGGGUGACUUCAAAAAAGCCAUAGAGUACCACAACCUACAUCUUAUAAUAGCUAAAGAAGUAGGAGACAAGCAUGGGGAGAGUAACGCUUAUGGCAGUCUUGGCAAUGCCUAUCAGAGUCUGAGUGAUUUCAAAAAAGCCAUAGAGUACCGCAACCUACAUCUUAAAAUAGCUAAAGAAGUAGGAGACAAGCAUGGGGAGGGUAAGACUUAUGGCAAUCUUGGCAGUGCAUAUUUUAGUCUGGGAGAUUUCAAAAAAGCCAUAGAGUACCACAACGUACAUCUUAAAAUAGCUAAAGAAGUAGGAGACAAGCAUGAUGAGGGUAAAGCUUAUGGCAAUCUUGGCAAUGAUUAUCACCGUUUGGGUGAUUUCGAAAAAGCCAUAGAGUACCACAACCUAGAUCUUAAAAUAGCUGAAGAAGUAGGAGACAAGCAUGGGAAGGGUAAGGCUUAUGGCAGUCUUGGCGAUGCUUAUGGCCGUCUUGGUGAUUUCAAAAAAGCCAUAGAGUACCACAACCUACAUUUUAAAAUAGCUAAAGAAGUAGGGGACAAGCAUGGGGAGGGUAUAGCCUAUUGUAAUAUUGGUUACAUGUAUCAAACGGAGGGAGAUUUCAUAAAGGCGAACGAGUCUUACAGCCUAGCGCUUAAAAUUGCUAAAGAGAUCGAAGACAAAUACUUGGAGGCAGGGGCCUACUGUUCAUUAGGAUUCGUUUCUGAGUUGCAGGGUGGACUGCCAAAAGCCGCGGAACAUUACCAAGCUAGCAUAAACUUAUUCAAUUCCUUGAGAGUACUUCUAAAAUCUAAAGAUAAGUGGCAAGUUAAUUUUCGAAAUCAGUAUCAAAGCGCGUAUACGGGUUUGUUGAGAGUUCUCUUAGAACAAGGUAAUAUAGAUGAAGCCUUGUUUGUUGCUGAGAAAGGGCGAGCUCAAGCUCUGUCCGACCUUAUGGAAUCCAGUUUUUGUGGUGGAACAAGUCAGCACAAGACAAGCGAUGAAGAUUUAGCAGUCACUGCUAAGUCUUCAUCGAUUUGGAUGAAACGUUUUUUAAAAGUUUUAAAAAACGUUCCAUCAAAUACCGUCUUUCAGGCAGUGGACAAAGCUGACAUCAAUCUUUGGGUUGUGUCCGAGGGAAAACAAGUUCAGUUAAGAAAAAGUAAACUCGAAGGUUUUGUUUCAGAGAAUGGUGGAUCUAGGCAGUCCUUUGAGUCGUUCAUGCUCGGUGUCUAUACACAACUUGGUGUUUGUUCUAAUGUGAGAUGCGAGAAUCGAUCUUUGGAUGUUUUGAGGGAGAGCCGUUCAAAAGUGGAUGUGAAACCUAAAGAUGACAACCCUCAACCUCCUAUCCAGCAGAACGAAUGCUUGAACACUUUGUACGAUACCGUUAUGAAGCCGGUGUCUGACCUGCUUCAAGGGGAUGAGUUACUCAUUAUUCCCGAUGGACCCCUGUGGAUCGCUCCUUACGCUGCACUCAAAGAUGGUAAUUCUAAAUACCUUUGUGAAUCUUUCAGAAUCCGACUCGCUCCAUCAUUAACGAGUCUCGGACUCAUUGCCGAUUGCCCAGAUGAUUAUCACAAAAGGAAUGGUGCGUUACUUGUAGGAGAUCCGUGGGUAUCUGAGGUUACUAACAGCGAGGGAGAGAAAAUCCUCGAGCAGCUUCCGUGUGCUUAA